UCCUGACAGUAAGAGCUGUUCGACAGUGGAAUUUGCUGCCAAGGAGUGUGGUGGAGUCUCCUUCUUUGGAGGUCUUUAAGCAGAGGCUUGACAACCAUAUGUCAGGAGUGCUCUGAUGGUGUUUCCUGCUUGGCAGGGGGUUGGACUCGAUGGCCCUUGUGGUCUCUUCCAACUCUAGGAUUCUAUGAUUCAUUGGGUGAGUUUUGAGCCAAACCGUGUCCAACUUUAUCCCCAACUACCUCAUUGGUUCAUUGUGUGGCUAAAUUAGGAAAGCCAUGUACACUGUCUUGAGCUGCUUGGAGAGAAGAAGGACCUUCUUGCAGGCACCUGUGUCUUUGCCCUGUGUGUAGAUUGAUGUUCACAUGCAACAGUAAUUGCACACAUCUGUACAGUGGUGCCCCGCAAGACGAAUGCCUCGCAAGACGAAAAACUCGCUAGACGAAAGGGUUUUGCGUUUUUUGAGUCGUUCCGCAAGACGAAUUUCCCUAUGGGCUUGCUUCGCAAGACGAAACGUCUUGCGAGUUCUUGCGAGUUUGUUUCCUUUUUCUUAAAGCCGCUAAGCCGUUAAUAGCCGCUAAGCCGUUAAUAGCCGUGCUUCGCAAGAUGAAAAAACCGCAAGAUGAAGAGACUCGCGGAACGGAUUAAUUUCGUCUUGCGAGGCACCACUGUAUUUAGUGUCUAUUCCCUGCAUCAUCAGCAUUCUUCGUAUAUGUCCCUUUAAAAACUGGAACCAAGCACAGGACUAAGGAGUCCAAGACUCCCAUACAAGACUCUCAUCCCCUGAGUGAUUUGAUGACGUCUUUAUAUUAAUAUGGGAGGAAACUAGGGUGUUAGACCCUUUUAACAUGUUUAGUCCACUUGCAAACUGCGUGCCUCGCUUUCUACCCCUCUUGCAAUGAACAGAUCACACAGUAAGCAUAAAAUGCUUUAACUACAAAAUGUUCCAAAGGUCAGAUUGAUGCAUUUAAUGUAGCAGCACCAAGGAGAACACAGGUAGAAAAAACAGAAAGAUAACUUCAAACCCAUGCUCAAAGUUGGGAUCAAAGCUAAGACACAUCCUUCCUCAUAGGUUAUAUGGCAAGAAGAGAGAGGACGGGAAGAGAAGGCUUCACUUCCCCUUUAUCAGAGGAGGAGUGACCCAGCUGAGUCUACAAAUCUAACUCUGUAGUCUUAACCCCUUCAUGCACUAACUAGCACUCAUACAUAGUUAUGUUUGACUGCAAUUUCCUAAAAAUAUUUAUUAGAUUCCUUACCUGCACUUCACCAUUAGUUCCCUGCACGGGUUACAACAGUUAAAAAUACAUUAUAAAAAAGCUAAAACACAUUACAAUAAAUAGACUAGGGUGGUUUUUAAAAUAUAUAUUUCAUGUGUCAAAGAUGUGCAUCUUCAACAUCCCAUAAAAACUACAUGAAAGGGCUGGACACACCUAUGGAGAGGGAAUUCCACCACUGGGGAAACCCAGCCAGAGGGGCAGGUUAUAAAUAAAUAAAUUAUUAUUAUUAUCCAUCACAGAGAACAUGCUCCCAGGCAGCUGUCCCACCCAAACUACCAAGCAGACCCCUUCUGCCAAUCUUAACACCUGAGAGGGUCUGUAGGGAAGGAGGCAGUCUUUCAGAUAUUUGCAUCCUAAGUCACUUGUGGCUUUAAACAUUGUGAGCACUGUGAAUUGGGCCAAGAAACAAACUGGCAACCAACCCAGCUGUUUAGACUAUGAAUACCGCUCAUUCCAUACCCCUACUUGUCCCUGUGUUGGCAACUGCAGGAUCCACAGGGCCUGUGCCUGGAUUUAACCCUGGGAUCGUCAACUGCUAACCUCCAGUACACACUUUUAUCCAAAUGUUAACAAAAUACAAUGCCACAUUUGCAUUCACCUCAUGAUAAUUUCUACUACAGCUAGCACGGGGGACCUGUAGCACUGCAAAUGUUAUUGGGUAACUUCCAGACAACCUGUUUAUUGAAUAUUCAUCCUAAUUUGUUUCCAAAAAGUUUACGGGGAGGUUAGAUGAUGACAGCAAGUACAAUGUGCAGUAGCUGUGAAAAAGGUAAAUGCCAUGCUACGGAUCAUUAGGAAAGGAACCAAAGAUAAAACGGUCGAUAUAAUGUCAUUAUACAAAUCUUAUGGUGUGGCCACAUUUGGAAUACUGUGCACAGUUCUCAUUUAAAAAUGACACUGUAGAGUUUGAAAAGGUUCAGAAAAGGGCAAGCAAAAUGAUCAAGAGAAUGGAGGGACUCCCCUGUGAAGAAAGGUUGCAGUGUUUGGGACUUCUUAGCUUAGAGAAAAGGCAAGAGGUGAUAUGAUGGAGGUGUAUAAAAUUAUGCAUGGCUUGGAGAAAGUGGAGUGAGAAGAUUUUCUCCCUCUCUCAGAACUCAUGGAUAUUCAAUGAAGCUCAAUAUUGGAAGAUUCACAUUACAUAAAGGACUUAUUCGCACAGCAUAGUUGAACUAUGGAACUCCAGUGAUGGCCAUUAACUUGGAUGGCUUUAAAACAGGAUUAGACACAUUCAUGGAAGACAAGGCUAUCCAAAGAUACUAGCCAUGAUGUUCAUGUCCUGCCUCCACUGUCGGAGGCAGUACACCACUUAAUACCAAUUGCUGGGAAUCACAGGUGGGCAGAGCUGCUGCACUCAUGUCCUCCUGCUUGAAGGUUUCCCACUGAGGCAUUGGGUUGGCCACUGCGAGAACAGGAUGCUGGACUAGAUCAAUCAUUGGCCUGAUUCAGAACACUCUUUUUAUGUUAACAGUUUACUGAGCAUUCAUUCUGAUUUUUUUGCAGAAACGUUAGAUGGCAUUGUGUCAAGCAAGUGCCAUUCCACACUUUCCAGUGCACUUUGACCUCUGCUUCCUCACUGCAAAAAGUCCUGUGGAGAACUCCCAAUCAACUUUUAAGUGCGCAACCUGAACCUGCAGGUACACGACUGUUUCUCACCCCAAAAUAGUUACAGUAUGGAAGUGUCCUUCGAAUAUAAGGCCUGUUAACAUUAUUGGCCAUGCCGGCUGUCUGCUGCAAGGUGCCCCUAAAGAGCCCGAUCAAUAUUCCAUCUGCAUUGGAAUUUUGGAACAGCCGAAGCUGCCCCCUCCUAGGGUUGCCACCUUGUCCCAUAUGUCCAUGUAAAAUGCUACAUUCUGUAUUGAUAGUUUUGUCCUGAACUUCAGAUCUUCUCUCUCUCUCUCUGGCAAGUUAGGGAUCCUCUCCAAAUGCAUGAGCUUGAAGGAGUGUGUGAAAGGUCAUGCAUUUAAGCUCUGGGUAGCCAAGAACAGCUUUACAAAUUCAUGUAUGUCUGUGUGCGCGUGCAUGUGUGACAAAUUCCAGAGGGGUCAUUCUGUUAGGCUGCAAUAGAUUGUAAUGGAUUACUUUGAAGUCACUUCAGCACCAGAUAGAGGGGAAAUCCCCCCCACCCCACCCUGUAUUUUGCCAGAACUAAGGUGGCAACACUAGGUAAAGGGACCCCUGACCAUUAAGUCCAGUCGUGGCCGACUCUGGGGUUGUGGCGCUCAUCUCGCUUUAUUGGCCGAGGGAGCCGGGUACAGCUUCUGGGUCAUGUGGCCAGCAUGAGUAAGCCGCUUCUGGCGAACCAGAGCAGCGCAUGGAAACGCCAUUUACCUUCCCGCCGGAGUGGCACUUAUUUAUCUACUUGCACUUUGACGUGCUUUCGAACUGUUAGGUUGGCAGGAGCAGGGACUGAGCAACGGGAGCUCACCUCGUCACGAGGAUUGGAACCGCUGACUUUCUGAUCGGCAAGUCCUAGGCUCAGUGGUUUAACCCACAGCGCCGUCCCUGUGGCAACACUAAAAGGUAAAGGGACCCCUGACCAUUAGGUCCAGUUGUGGCUGACUCUGGGGUUGCGGCGCUCAUCUCGCUUUAUUGGCCGAGGGAGCCAGUGCACAGCUUCUGGGUCAUGUGGCAGCAUGACUAAGCCGCUUCUGGCAAACCAGAACAGCGCACGGAAACGCCGUUUACCUUCCCGCCGGAGCGGUACCUAUUUAUCUACUUGCACUUUGACAUGUUUUCAAACUGCUAGGUUGGCAGGAGUGUAACACUACUCCGUCCCUAAAUACAGUGGUACCUCGGGUUAAGUACUUAAUUCGUUCCGGAGGUCUGUUCUUAACCUGAAACUGUUCUUAACCUGAAGCACUACUUUAGCUAAUGGGGCCUCCUGCCGCCGCCACGCCGCUGGAGCACGAUUUUUGUUCUCAUCCUGAAGCAAAGUUCUUAACCCGAGGUACUAUUUCUGGGUUAGUGGAGUCUGUAACCUGAAGCGUAUGUAACCCGAGGUACCCCGUUAUAGUACUAGGCCAGGAUAGCUCCCCAACGCUUGCAGAGCAAGACGGACAAGCCUGCGGUACGACGUCACCGCUUUCACUUUCUGCAAAACGAUUGACACUCCUUUCCCCGCCCCUUUUUCCCAACGCCCAGGAUUAAGAGGCGAUCCUGCGGCCCCGCCCCCUUCAGACCCCGCCCCCUUUUGAUUGGCACCCGCCUCUAGGUUUCCUCCCCUGCCUUUCCCGCUUGGGCCGCUAGAGGGCGAGGCGAGGCCUAGCUUGAGAGGGAGGGGGGGAAAGAGGGAGAGGAAAAAAAAUAAAAUACCAGAGGCCGGCCGCUGCGCCUGCGCAGUGUGUCCGGGACGGAGGCGGCCGCGGCCCAGGCUUGGGAAAGCGGAGCGGCGGCGGCGGCGGCGGCGCCUGCUGCGGCUUGCGGCGGGGCCGGCGGCCUGGGGGAGACGCGGAUGCGCCCGCGGCUGGCUGGGCUGGGCCUCGCCGGCGGGUAGCCAGGGCCGGGGAGGGGGCGAGCGCCCCUCCCCCCUCUCCUCACGAGGGGGCGGGAAGGCGGGGAGGGGGCUAUGCAGCCGCCUCAGCCGCCCCCCUACGAGUUCCUCAGCGAGGAGAACGGGCAGAAAUGGCGGGGGCUCCUCGUGCCGGCCCUGCGCAAGGUCAGUCGCUCGCUCCGAGCCUCCCUUUUCUCCGCCGGCGGGCGCCCCGUCAUGCGCGCGCACCCCUCUCUCUCUCCCUCCGUCUGCCUUGUCGGUCUCUCUUGCGCGCGCACCUGGGCGGCGGGGGGUGGGGGGCGGCGGCGGGAGCCCUCUGUUACCCCGGCGACAACGUCGUCUCCUAGGCAACGGGACCCCACCGCCCAAUCCGCCCAGCGCUCCCCCUCCCCCUCCCUAGCGCUCGCCCGCCUCCCAAGUUUACCUCACGGAAAGGUUCGGGGGGGGGGCGCGCCAGCCACCGGUCCUGUCCCUCCAGGGAACGCCCCUUUCGCCCUCUUCCUCCAAUCAGGAGGCCCCUCUGCCCUCUCCUCAGACAGCAGCCCCUUCGUUUACCUCAGAGGCGCCUCGCUGCGCACCUGCGAACACACCCGCCGAGACCCCACGCCCACCCCAUAAUAAUCCGCUUUCCCAGCCCCUCGCUGUCUCCACAACUAGUUUUUGCUGUGUUUAUGAAAGUAGACUAAUGUGUCCAAAAACUAUCAGGCGAGUGGUGGCAGAACUAGAAAUCAGAAUACAGUGGUACAGAUGCUUCAGGUUACAGACUCCGCUAACCCAGAAAUAGUGCUUCAGGUUAAGAACUUUGCUUCAGGAUGAGAACAGAAAUUGUUCUCCGGUGGUGCAGCAGCAGCGGGAGGCCCCAUUAGCUAAAGUGGUGCUUCAGGUUAAGAACAGUUUCAGGUUAAGAGUGCCUGGAGGCGGUUGGAGGUUGGAUGGCGGCUAACAGAUUGAGGUUGAAUCCUGACAAGACAGAAGUACUGUUUUUGGGGGACAGGGGGCGGACGGGUGUGGGGGAUUUCCUGGUCCUGAAUGGGGUAACUGUGCCCCUGAAGGACCAGGUGCGCAGCCUGGGAGUCAUUUUGGACUCACAGCUGUCCAUGGAGGCACAGGUCAAAUCUGUGUCCAGGGCAGCUGUUUACCAGCUCCAUCUGGUACGCAGGAUGAGACCCUCCCUGCCCGCAGACUGUCUCACCAGAGUGGUGCAUGCUCUGGUUAUCUCCCGCUUGGAUUACUGCAAUGCGCUCUAUGUGGGGCUACCUUUGAAGGUGACCCGGAAACUACAACUAAUCCAGAACGCGGCAGCUAGACUGGUGACUGGGAGCGGCCGCAGAGACCACAUAACACCGGUCUUGAAAGACCUACAUUGGCUCCCAGUACGUUUCCGAGCACAAUUCGAAAGUGUUGGUGCUGACCUUUAAAGCCCUAAACGGCCUUGGUCCAGUAUAUCUGAAGGAGCGUCUCCACCCCCAUCGUUCUACCCAGACACUGAGGUCCAGCACUGAGGGCCUUCUGGCGGUUCCCUCACUGCGAGAAGCCAAGUUACAGGGAACCAGGCAGAGGGCCUUCUCGGUAGUGGCGCCUUCCCUGUGGAACACCCUCCCACCAGAUGUCAAAGAGAACAACAACUACCAGGCUUUUAGAAGACAUCUGAAGGCAGCCCUGUUUCGGGAAGCUUUUAAUGUUUGAUGUAUUAUAGUAUUUUAAUAUUCUUUUGGAAGCCGCCCAGAGUGGCCGGGGAAGCCCAGCCAGAUGGGCGGGGUAUAAAUAAUAAAUUAUUAUUAUUAUUAUUAUUAAGAACGGACCUCCGGAACGAAUUAAAUACUUAACCCGAGGUACCAGUGUAGCUUUGAGAACAAUUUGAUAUAUAUCUAUAUAUCUCUUCAGUGUUUUUUAAACCUGGGGGUCCUCAAAGGUACUGGCACCUUCUCCCCCCACCCCACAGAACAGUGAUGGCCAAACUUGGCGCUCCAGCAGUUUUGGGACUACAAUUCCCAUCAUACUUGCCCACUGGUUGUGUUAGCUAGGGAUGAUGGGAGUUGUAGUCCCAGAACAGCUGGAGGGCGAGUUUGGCCAUCACUGCCCUAGAAGAAAAGCAUCUGUACCUGUUAUCUGCCACAAAUGGCACGCUAGCCUCGUGUCAUGGUAAAAAGGUAAAGGGACCCUUGACCAUUAGGUCCAGUCACGGACGACUCUGGGGUUGCGGCGCUCAUCUCGCUUUACUGGCCGAGGGAGCCGGCGUACAGCUUCCGGAUCAUGUGGCCAGCAUGACUAAGCCGCUUCUGGCGAACCAGAGCAGCGCACAGAAACGCCGUUUACCUUCCCGCCGGAAAGGUACCUAUUUAUCUACUUGCACUUCGAACUGCUAGGUUGGCAGGAGCAGGGACCGAGCAAUGGGAGCUCACCCCGUCGCAGGGAUUCGAACCGCCGACCUUCUGAUCAGCAAGCCCAAGAGGCUCUGUGGUUUAACCCACAGCGCCACCCGCGUCCCCGUGUCAGGGCACCAUUGGCUAAUUUCGCCUCUCCUUCGGAAGGGUAGAAUAGAUGUUGAAAUAAAAUACAGCGGACGCUCGGGUUGCGAACGUGAUCCAUGCGGGAAGCAUGUUCCCAACCCGCAGCGCUGCGUCUGCACAUGCGCAAUUCGGUGCUUCUGUGCAUGUGAAAAGCGCGAUUUAGCACUUCUGCGCAAGCGCCAAAACCCAGAAGUAACCCGUUCUGGUACUUCUGGGUUCAGCGCGGUGUGCAACCCGAAAUCACACAACCCAAAGCUUCUGUAACCCGAGUUAUGACUGUAGAUAAAUCUUCAGUUGCCCCAGAAACCCUCCCUAAACAUGAGCAUUUCCCUCAGCUCCACAUAAAAACAGCUGGCACCUGCCUGUCGUUCUGAACUACAACUCCCAUCAGCCCCAGCCAGUCCAGCUGUCUUGGGCUCUGAUGGGGGUCUCCAGAUGUUUAGGCCAAGGCAGGUGCAUCCUGCUUCUCCUUCAAGCUGAGCCCAUCUGGGUGCUCCUUCCCCCUGUCCACAGCCAUGUUUUGCUCCUUAGGAUCUCUCUCCACACACCUGCCACCCCGAUCCCAACACAGCAAUCUCCUUGCACUCUCUGUCACCCUGCACUUUUCUUCCCAAGGCGCACAAUUUUGUCCAGGCUUUAGUGGGUGAGGAGAAGAAUUGAGCACGUUUCUGUUUAUGCCUUCUUCUCUCCUUGCUUCCCUUGCAAUGGGAUAUUUGUAACUGAAGUCGUUUGCUUUGAUGCCAUUGUUUCAGAUCGUGUAUAUAUUCCUACUCUGGGACAUUUGGGUGAAGGGUGGGUUGUGAACACCUUCUAAUAAAUAACAUUUAUAAGGUUAUGCCAUAGGUAAGGCCGAAGCUUUUUUAAAAAAAUAAAAGGAUCAGAUUGUGGGGUUUCUCAAAGACAAGGUGUUGGCUCCCAUCUUGGAAAUGUGAUGGUCCUUUACUGUCACGCAUGCUCACGUUCUUCUGCUCAAACAAUAGUGUCGGAGACCUGUUGCAAAUACUCUCCACUCUCCUGCCUUUGUUCCUAAAUAUUCAAGUUUGCUUAUUGCAAGCACUGUGCACAUAUUCUUCAAUCAAAAUACUCCAUUCUUUGUAGAGCAUCCACCCAUAGGUUACAGCCCCCGUUUUUGUAUUUACACAGUAUCUUCCAUGCCCAUUAUGUCCCACGCACACAGGAAAAAUGCACAAUUGUCAUUGUGUACGCACACAUGCACACACAGAUGAUCAUAUCUGCACCAUUUCCAUCAUGACACAGAUGUCUGUUCCCCCUUUUCAUAUAUGUACAGGAUUCAUGUUGCUUACUAUUAGCCCAGCACCAGUCAGUCUCCAGGCACAGGAGACUGGCAAAUGGCUCAGAAUUAUUUUGUCUGCUUGAGGCAAAAGCUGUUGCAUGGUUACAAUUUUGUAACAGUGGCAUCCCUUCUCCCCACCCACCUCUGGCAAAACUCUAGACUGAAUUUGAACAAAAGACUUCUGGAUAAAUUUGUAUCAAAACACUUUCCCAAAAGGGACUGCUGUGUAAUUCUGGGUGCUUUUUUAUAUUCCCCUCCCCCACUUUCUGAAAAAGGGGGAAGAGGAACAGGGGAACCUCGAAAGCACUUUCCACUGGUUAAAGGGCAACUGCUGAGUGUCAGAUUGGAAGGGAAAUAUUGAGUGCUAGGAACUCCACCAGAUGUUCAGAAAGAACCUUGCAUCUUUGUUUCUUUUGCAAAAGUAUACUAACAGACAAUCGAGCGCUGUUAUUUCUUGCUGAAGUACAGUAGAUUGUCAUAUGCAACUGUGUUUAUUGUAAACUGAUUUGUACCUCUAGCAGCCAUAUACUGUAUGUUUUUCCCCUUUCAUUUCUGAGGGUGAGCUGCCCAGGCAGGUGUUCUUAUAGCAGCUCCAGACAUUAGUAUUGCUGUAAAUAACUGUGUAUCUGAGAAACCAGAGUAGGAGGAAUGAGAAGACUACUAAUACAUCUUUCAGUGAUGCCUUGAACAUAAAUCAGCAGGUGUAUCAAGACUAUUAUUUUAAAACAAAUCUAUGAAAGUAAGAUGCCACCUUUGUUGUUCUGUUGCAUAAUUACUUAGAAAUAAGUCCCACUGGGUUCAGGACUGAAAUGUGUUGGAAUUCUAAUUUACCCUUGUAGAUUCAUUCUUACUGCAUUUCCAUUCCAAUUUUCUUUUGAGUAAAGAGCAACUAAAUCAAGGCUCCCUGGGAAUCUCAUGCAGGAAUUCACUAGGCUGUGAUCUGAUUUACCUUUAACAAGGCGGCAGCAGCGGCAGCAGCAGCAAACAUCAUAGGUCCUCAGCCCAUUUUUUGGGCCCAGAAAGGGAUUCAGUGGUGGCAGUUUAGCGUGAGCCAGCUGAUGGAAUGUCUUCUCAAUCAAUAAAUAGAAAGCAAUAGUUCCUUUUCCCACACAAGUAGCUGUAGUUUAUCUAAACAAAUAACCUUUGAUUUUACACAUGGAAAACUGUUUUUAAGGCAUUUUUAAAUGACAUCUUUUUUGGGGGAAAGUCUGAUAGUAGAUAUUUCAGAUCCAUUCGAAAGUAUGGGCUGACUGAGUACAUACAGCAUUGGUUGCGAUUGUGUACAGAUUUAUUUCUGCUUAGAACUCAUUGACCUCUAUGAGAUCCAUACACAUGGGAAUUCACGAUUCUUUCCAAGUUAAAGUUACUUUUAAAUGUAGCUUUACCAAUUUUUAUGAUUGAAUUGGGCUUUCACAAGCAUGGAGCAUCAGGUAUUUCAAAGCAAAGUUUCAGUCCUAUGCCUUUUUGCCUGGGAGUAAGCCACACUGAACUUUUACUUCUGGGUAAACAUGUAUAGGGUCACCCUGCAAAAGAACAUAAGAACAAGAGACAGCUCGGCUGACACUGGAGUUCUGAAGAUGACUCCAUUGCAUAAUAUGCUUUAUAUGUCUGCAGUUUUUGGUUUUAUAUAUUGUUGUAUACCUCCCCGUGAUCAUUGGAUGGUGGGCGGUCUAGAAGCAAAAUUAUAGUAGCUAAAAAUGAACACUGAAGUGUUUUGAGUGGGUAUCCUCUUCCUCAGCCAAUACCAGAGCAGGUUUUCAAUUCAGUUCCUCAUCUUUGCUUCCUCUAAGCCUAUACUAACUUUGUGUUUAUAUGCUUUAAACUUUUCAAACAUUGCAUUCUGUUCACACCCAACAGAACCUUUCAUCUGCCUUGAGACCUAAAAUCUAAUGGCAGUCCAAGCUUGAUAGAAGACACAUGUCAAGGAUGCAGAUGGGUGGAGACGUUCAUCAGGGGAAAGCUACAUGCAAAUAAGGGAGCAUGGGAGAAGGACAAUAUAUUUUUCCCAGCACAAAGUACACAUCAGCAGAAAACCCAGGGGGGAAGGAAGAAGUUAACAACUUAAGGAACAAGUUGCUGUAACACUGCUAAAUGUUUAUGUCAGGGAAGUAGCUGGAGUGGCAGUUAACUACACCAUAAUUCCAAGGCUUAGUUUCUUACGUUCAUCUGCACAGUUCUCCUCCUUGAUAGUGGGUCUGAUGGACAGAACAGGGCUGGCUGCUUUAAGAGUUUCUGAGCCUGUCAGCAAUUUUAUAAAUAGUUAUAAGUAACCAUUAACUUCAUUCUCAUGGAAGAGAUUGCAAAAUAGACAGUCUGUACUUCAGCAAUUAUGUUUAACUUCUUCUAUUUUAAUUGGACACUUUGAUCCCUUUUGCCUCCUCGUAAGUCUCAGCAGAACCACUGAGUUAGUUUCUGUUUCCUAGAUUAGAAUAAGGGACAUAAUUGGAAGGUUCUCUGUUAAAGAACUUGCUGAAUGACUGGCAAUUCUUCAGCAGCACAGCAUUGUCAUUUUCGCAGACCAAGGCUAUGGGCAGUUAGGGAGAGACUUUUAGUUAAUGAAGUAAAAUUUAACUUUUAUCACUUCAUAGGAAUUCAUUUUCUCACAUUUUGUUUUGGGAUAUGCUGGAGAAACUGGGGCUUUGAAAUGAUGAGCAGGGCCUUGUUGUCAGUAUCUCUGUCGCUCUGUUUUCUGGUUGAAUUAAAAUAAAAUAAAAUCUUUGUGCAGGUACAGCAGCAAGUCCACCCCAACCUUUCAGCCAAGGAAGAUUCCCUCUACUACAUCGAGGAGUUAAUCCUUCAGUUGCUAAACAAGCUAUGCAUUGCACAGCCACGGACUUUUCAAGAUGUAGAGGUACGAAUGCGAGGGAAAAGGCCCAGGUGUUUCCUUACCAAACAAUGUUGGUAGGAGAAAGAGGAACUGAAAAGCCUUUACUGCAAUCCAAGCUGAAUCAUGAUGGGAGCAAGCCUGCUGGAGAGAAUGUGGUCUGCUUCCCUGAACUAAGAAAAUAGACACUGAAAAUUAUGCUUGCAUUGUGCAGGUGCAGAUCUGUGGAACAGGCAAAGCCCUGGUUUAAGGAACUGGGCAGCAUGUGCAUUUGUCUUCUGUGGCAGGAAUGUAUUAAUCAACAGUGUCUUCUGAGCACAAAGCAGUGCAAGGGUUGGAGAGUUGCUUUGCUCUGACGGCAAGCCCUUGUGUUCAGUGAGCUGCAUUUGGCAAAAUGUAUACAUGAGAAACUGCUUUUCUGUUGUCAUAUGAGGAGUGCUUGAAGGAGCUAGGUAUGUUUUGCCUGGAAAAGAGGAAACUGAGAGGAGAUAUGAUAGCUAUCUUCAAAUAUCUUAAGGACUGUCAGAUGGAGGAGGGAGAAUUCUUGUUUUCUCCUGCUCUGGGGGGUAGGACUUGAACCAAUGGCUUCAAGUUACCUUCUGACCGUAAGAGCUGUUCAGCUGUGGGACAGACUGCCACGAGAGGCAGUGGACUCUCCUUCCUUGGAGGUUUUUAAGCAGAGGUUGCAUGGCCAUCUGUCAUGGAUGCUUUAGCUGAGAUUCCUGCAUUUCAGGGGGUUGGACUAGAUGAUCCUUGGGGUCUCUUCGAACUCUUAAGAGUCUAUGAUUCUAUGAACAAACCUGUGGAAGAACUGUGAUAGAACACACAUUUUCUUGUCUUCUCAUAUUGUACUUGGUUUACUCCACUGUGGUUUGUCUUCAUGCAGGAAAAACUCAAUAAUAGGUUUUUGAGAAGCAAUUUGAAAGAAAGGUUUGGGUGCAAAACGUUGUGGGGAGGAGAGGGAUACGGCCUCAAAGAAAUAAUUCCCAUGCUAUUGUGGCCGCUGAAAGAAACUGUGGGAGGGGGUGUGUGCACCAGCUUUUCCUUUUAGAAUCCAGCAGCUAUUUUAAAACCCCUUUUUUUUACAUUUGUGCAGGAGCGAGUUCAAAAGACGUUUCCUCACCCCAUUGAUAAGUGGGCGAUUGCAGACGCACAGUCCGCUAUUGAGAAGCGGAAACGAAGAAGCCCCCUCUUGCUGCCUGUGGACAAAAUACAUCCUUUAUUAAAGGUAUGUUGUACUGAGAGCUACCAGAUGGUUUAAAAUGCCAUUUUCAAUCUCUUAUUAAAUUUCAGAAACAUUUUAAAGCAAGUAAUGCCCCCAAUUUAUAUUUUAAAAAAACCCCAACAGCAAUAAGAAUCCAGCCAUCAUUGGAAGUGCUGGUUAUGACCUAUAAAGCCCUAAACGGCUUAGUUCCAAGCUAUCUGAAAGACUGUACUCCAUCAUACAAACCUACCUGGGUUUUCCACGCUUCUGGGGACGUCCUUCACUCAGCCCUGCCACUCUACAGGACCACUUGGUGGGGAGGAUAAUAAUAAUAAUUUAUUAUUUAUACCCCACCCAUCUGGCUGGGCCUUCCCAGCCACUCUGGGAGGCUUCCAAAAAAAAUAUUAAAAUACUGUAAUACAUCAAACAUUAAAAGCUUCCCUAAACAGGGCUGCCUUCAGAUGUCUUCUAAAAUGUGGGAGACGGCCUUGUCGGUGGCUGCUCCCGGACUUUGGAACUCCCACUGUAAAGAAUCUAGACUGUCUCUCACCUUGUUGCCUUUCUGCCAGCAGGUGAAGACUUUCUUGUUCCAACAGGCUUUUGGGAACUGGCUGCUUUUAAUUAAAGGGCAGGUGUCAUGCUGUUUUUAUUGUAAUUAUUUGUAUGGUUUUAAUAUAUUUUAUAUAUGUAUAUAGUUUUUAUACAUAUAUGCGGGGUUAUCGUUUUUGUUCGUUAUUAUGGUAUGCAUUUUUGUGUUUUUGUAUUGUAAACCCGCCCUGUGAUCUUCGGAUGAAAGGCAGUAUAGAAAUUUAAUAAAUAAUUAUAAUAAUUAUAUCAGUGUUUAAUUUUUUUAAAUUAUUGUUUUCUUUAUGUUUUUAGCAGUUCUUUUUUUAUUUGCAAGUUGCCUUGAGUAAUUAUUUAUAAAUAAAUUAAUAACAACAAUAACAAUAAUGAGCUGGGGUGUUUGCCGGGGGUUGGGGGAUUUUUUUUACUGUUGUGGUUGCUGUUGGUUUUCUGUAUCUUUAUUUUGCAUCUUUUGAUUUAUGUGGAAAUUGUUCCGUUUGGUUGUGUAUUUUUUAUGCUGCAUUUAUUGUUUAUGACUACUUUUGUUGUGUCGCAUUUAUAUAUUUAUUUCAUGUUGUAAUCAGCCUUGAGCAUGGUUGGAACUGUGGAAAGGCGGCAUACAAAUAAAAGAAUGUAUGUUUGUAAUAAUAACAGCAACCAGUCAGUUAAAUAAAAGGCAGUGAGGCAGUUUUUUAAAAUUCACAAGCUUUGUAGUGUAUAUUGUCGUGACUCAGCAUGCAAUUAAGCAAGUAAGUGAGCAGAAACGGGGGAUGAUUCUGAAGAAUCCCUUGCCAAGAGGGAGGAGGAGGCAGCAGAGGUUGGGGCUGCAGCUUCCUCUUCCUGUACAAGCAGGAAGGUGGUUCUGUGGCAGCAGUGCUGCUGUAUGGCAUGAUUCAUAAUGGUUGCCACUACCUUCAAAUGCAUUCUUGGAAUCCACGUCACUGUCAUCUCCCUUUCUGGUUUCUGACUUCGUUUAAAUCAGAGGAAAAAUCAAUGUGAUUUUUUUAACACUUCCCCUUUUUGUGUUGAAUUUCAGGAGGUGCUUGGCUAUAAAAUAGAUUAUCAUGUGUCCCUUUAUAUCGUGGCUGUCCUGGAGUAUAUUUCAGCGGACAUCUUAAAACUCGCUGGCAAUUAUGUUUUCAACAUACGACAUUUUGAGAUCUCUCAGCAGGACAUUAAAGUAUCGAUGUGCGCUGAUAAGGUGAGGUGCCGUGGAAAUCCUGGGCUUAGAUGGCAAGGGCUUCAUACACAUCCAGAUUCAUUAUAGGGCUGUGAUUUUUGUUUUUUGUUACUGCUUAAGAACUAAUCCACCUUGACAUGAUUAAAAAAUAACGACAACCUCAUUGUUUCUGUAUAAGCAACAAACUUUACAGGACACAUUUCUUCAUUACCAGACUCUACCCAGAGAUUGUGAACCCUUAUGCCAUAAAAUAGUAACAUUACCCUGUAAGACUGGCUUGGAUUCAGUCGUUUGCAAUCAGACAUUAAGUUCAUAUUUGAUUAUAGAAAAGUCGAGCAUGAAUGAAAUGUGUGUUUUCUUCUUAGGUGUUAAUGGAUAUGUUUGAUCAGGAUGACAUUGGCUUGGUUUCUCUCUGUGAAGAAGAGCCCUCUUCCUCAGGUGUACUCAAUUACUAUGACCUGGUCAGGACUGAAAUUGCAGACGAAAGACAGUAUCUCCGGGAGCUGAAUCUAAUAAUAAAAGUGUUUAGAGAAGCCUUCCUGUCUAACAGAAAGCUGUUCACACCUAAUGUAAGUCAAGACUUUUACUGUGCCAACCCUUCUGUGUUUUAAACAAUUGUGUGCUUUGAGACACAAAUAAGGUGGAAGUGGGAAGAGGCAGAGACCAGGUUGGCUAUGACAAGGAACACCUGACUUGGAAACUUUUUAGGGGUCUGGAUUGUUGGCUGUGGACUGUUACUGUUGAGAAGUUUCUUGGUUGGUGUGGUUUCCUUUUGCCAUAACUUGAUGAUGGCCUAAAGCGCAAAUCCCCAUAUGAUAGUCCUUAGUUCUGAAAGGAAGUUAUGAAGAUAGGUUGCAGCAGCAUUUUAAGAGUGCAUUCCUCCCUUUAUCACAGAUUUAUUGUGGGAAUUUCAGUAUGAAAGUCCCAGAGAAUUGCUUCUCUGGCCCAAACAGAGAGGGCAAAGACAGAGACAGCCCCGUGACUGCUGGUUUUUUAAAGGAAUUGCUUCUUUCUCCAGGGAACCAAGGCAGUUCACAUCAUUCAGAUACAACAAUGAAAACUAGUGAUGAAAAAUUAAUGCUUGGAAACCACAAUUGAAACCUAGCCUUGUAUAGCGUAACAGCUGCAGUAAUGAUAAAACCCCAAAUGCCUUUCUGAAAAGAGAGGUUGCAUAUUGUCUUGUGAAUAUGCUUAUUCUGGUGGCACAGCACAUGAAGAAUCUUCAUGCAGGCCUUAUUAAUAUGAAUGCAAUCUGUGCAAGGGGACAGUAGUUCUCUACAACUCUGCAGGUACAUGAAUCAUAGAAUCCUAGAGCUGGAAGAGACCACAAGGGCCAUCGAGUCCAACCCCCUGCCAAGCAGGAAACACCAUCAGAGCACUCCUGACCUAUGGUUGUCAAGCCUCUGCUUAAAGACCUCCAAAGAAGGAGACGCCACCACACUCCUUGGCAGCAAAUUCCACUGUCGAACAGCUCUUACUGUCAGGAAGUUCUUCCUAAUGUUUAGGUGGAAUCUUCUUUCUUGUAGUUUGGAUCCAUUGCUCCGUGUCCGCUUCUCUGGAGCAGCAGAAGGAGCGGCCAAAUCUCCUAUAGUAAGAAUAUUUUCUGGGAUAGGCAGGGAGCAGACUGUUAAAAUGCUGUUAGUCUUGAACUCCAAAAUGACCUGCAGCGUUUUCUUCCGAUCCUUCAUCUCGAUUUAAUUGAGAUCCUGGCAUAUAUUUUCAGUGCGUUUAAAUAAGGAUGGAGAAAGAUGCGUGCAUAUUCAGGGAGAUUUUCUUUCCCUUAGGAUAUUGAUAUGAUAUUUAGCAACAUCACAGAUAUCCAUGAACUGACAGUGAAGCUCCUGGGGUUAAUUGAGGACACUGUGGAAAUGACUGAUGAGAGCAGUCCUCACCCCCUGGCUGGAAGUUGUUUUGAGGACCUUGCAGAGGUGAGUUGGCCAAGCCAUUCAGUUUGUUGCAUUGCUGAGCAUGAGUGUCGUAGCUCAAAUUCCUUCCUGGAUUAGAAUGUGUUUUUCUUGCAGUGGAGAGUCCCCCUGCCCCAACACCACCCUCCAACUCCCGGAGAGCAAAAUGAGAAUGGAACUUAGCACCCUCAUCCCCGCUUACAAGUGGCUUUUACUCACAAGUAACAUGUCUGAGUAUGGCUGCUAUAUUUCAAAAGGAAGCCUCUGUGGUGGCCUUAGGCUGCAUUAGCCUCUUUUUGCUGUCAGAUCUAUCUGUAAAAAUAUGCCUGUACAAAACAGACUGAUGAGAUGUUUUACCCUGCUGAAGGGGGCUAAUGUGCUAUCUUCCAGAUGUUUUUGUCUACAGCACCCAUCAGGUAUAUUAGAGUACAUGUCCAGUAUCAGAAGGAGCAGCAAUGCUUUGAAGUUACUUAUACCUUAAUGUCCUGAAGUUCUUUGUUUCUUUUGCAUGUAGUGGCCAAAAUCUUACAUUAUCCAGAUGUGUUUUCCAAAUAUCCCUACUAGCUAAAUAAAGUUGUCCACUCUGUUAAUGUAUUCCAGUUAUUUAUUCAUUACUUUUCAGAGCCCAAUCCUCACAAAGUACCUACUGGGAUGCAGUUUAAGAGAUUUUCACAUCUUUCUUCAGUAGAUUUGAAAUAUCCAACUCCAGUCAGUCUUCAAGAGACACUGUUCAGAUGAGGUGGUUGGGCUUCCGUUACCCACAUAACGGCAGAAUCAAUAUAACCACCACCAUCCAUGUAUAAUUCUCAGUCCAUCCAGCCCCAUAAUGUGCUUUUCCCUCUGUCCAUAAUGUACUUGGAAUGCUUACUCUCUUUUCCUAGGAACAAGCCUUUGACCCGUAUGAGACCUUGUCCCAGGACAUCCUUUCACCGCAAUAUCAUGAACAUUUUAAUCACUUGAUGGCUAAACCUGCUGUGGCUCUUCACUUCCAGGUAGGAAUGGAUUUACGUAGCUCUUUUGUACCCCACCUUUCAAUCAAAUGGUUCUCAAGAUACAACAGAUAGUAAUAAUAAUAAACUCACAUACGCAAAAUACAGCAACCUUUAGGUCUUUCUUUGAUGAAUGGUGGGGUUGCCAUACAUCCAGAAUUUCCCGGACAUACCUAGAAUACUUUAGUGGGAAGCCUUGUCCGGGCAGAAAUCUGCAAAAAUGUCCGGGAAAAUCCGGACGUAUGGCAAGCCAUGUCAGCAAUGCCAUUUUUGCUGAUUUUCCUUUAAAAAAAGCUCAAAAUAGCUUAACAACUUUGGCUCAACAACUUUUGUGUCUGGGUGUUCACUUUUUGAAAUAUGGCAACUCAAUGAAUGUGGUCAGAGCAUCUUCCCCUCUGAUUGUGCUUUUUAAAGCAAUUGACAGGUGGAAAGAAGUAUUCUUUUGGGAGGGAGUAAAUAACUAAACUCUUUGCGGCUGCUCCUUCUUGGACUUGUGGAAGGGGCCAGGCUGUUUCCCCCCUUGUCUGGGAGGCAAAGGGUGCAGUCUCUCACUGGAUGGUGGCAAAGGUCAGAGUGUGCUUCCUUCAGCUCUGCUGUCCCAGAGAAUUUAUGUGCAUUUUGCAUUGCAUGUUGAUGUUUACAACAUGCAGGGGUAGCCAACAUGGUACUUUCCAGAUAUUGUGAACUACAACUCCCAUCAUCUCUUCCAUUGGCCAUGGUGACUUGAGCUGAUGGGAGUUGUAGUUCAGAACAUCUUUGACUACCCCAAGCUAAGUAUUGAUAAAAGUGUUGAAGAGUAUAGGCCCAGAUGGAGCCCUGUGACAUCUCACAAAAACACUCUUCAGUUUGAUGAGAAGCUAUUGGAUGUGCACUCCUUGAGGAUGGUUUCUGAUCUAGCUGUGAAUCCUCCUGAUAGUGGAUCUUCUAGCUCCCAUUUUCUAUGAAAUGUUUUUAUUUAAGUAUUGUGAUGAGAAUGAAUAAAGAAAACAGAACAAAAUACAAUAUAGAGCAGUCAUACAAGUUCAUGACAAGAUUAAUACACAUUUCAUUGGUCUAAUUAUAUCACGAUCUAUAUCAUAAAAUAAAUUUAAAAAGAGUUGCAGUGGGUGGGAUUCCACUAAUGAGGCCUGUGAGCAGAAGCACUGCACAGGGACUUCCUUCCCACCCACAUUAGCUCAGAACGGAUCAGGUGAACCCCUGGAACAUUGUGCAGGGGGAAGAGGCAGAAGGAUUGUUUCAUCUGACAAGCUGAAGUGCUUGCCCUGACAGAAUGAGCGCAUUAGUGUGACGUUGAAUUCCUCCCAAAAUAUAUAGGAAUGUAUAAAAUAGUUUAUUGGGACGCGGGUGGCACUGUGGGUUAAACCACAGAGCCUAGGACUUGCCGAUCAGAAGGUUGGCGGUUCGAAUCCCUGCGACGGGGUGAACUCCCGCUGCUCAGUCCCAGCUCCUGCCAACCUAGCAGUUGGAAAGCACGUCAAAGUGCAAGUAGAUAAAUAGGUACCGCUCCGGCGGGAAGGUAAACGAUGUUUCCGUGCACUGCUCUGGUUCGCCAGAAGCGGCUUAGUCAUGCUGGCCACAUGACCCGGAAGCUGUAUGCCAGCUCCCUCGGCCAACAAAGUGAGAUGAGCGCCGCAACGCCAGAGUCGGUCACGACUGGACCUAAUGGUCAGGGGUCCCUUUACCUUUACCUAUAAAAUAGUUUACCCCAGGGUUCCAUGUGUUGUGCUGUAGGCUCCAUUAAGCAAGCAACCUGACCAAAAAGAGAUAGGAUUAACCUGGUAGGAUUUAUUAUUGACAAAUUCAUGCUUGCUCCUAUUGAUCACUGCAUUGCUAUCAAAAUGCUUACAAAUUGACUCGUUUAUAAUCUGUUCUCGUAUCUUCCCUUGUAAUGAAACCAGGCUGACAAGUCUGACGUUUUCCUGGUUCUUCCUUCCCCUUUUUGAAUAUUGGGACAACGUUUGCCUGUCUCUAGUCCACUCCUCACCCUUUCUCAAAGUUGAUAGAAGUUCAUCUGGCCCCAAAGGCUUGAUUGCACAGUUCUUAUCAGUCUUGAGCAGGGAUCCUGAUACCUCACCAGUCACACUACAUGGGCAAGGUUGAACCCUGUUCCUCUUUUGGAAGACGGUGGAAGCCAAAUAAGAGCUGAGCAGUUCUGCUUUCUCUUUGCCACCUGUUAAUAUUCUACCAUCCUUACUGAGCGGCAGGCCUUCCUUAUUCCUUCUUGUUUCGAAUACCGUAUAGCUGGAAAGUCCCUUUGUUGCUCUUGGCACCCAUUACUAGCCUCAGUGCAUUCUGAGCUCAAGCUUUCCUGACAGUCUCCUUGCAGGCUUUGGUCAUUUGUCUCUAUUCUUCCUUGGGGAUCUGCUCUUCCUUCCAUUUCUUAGAAGUGCCCUAUUGUUUGUAUUUUCAGCUCCUCUCUCAUUUUUUAGAAAAUGUGCCCCAUUUCUCUCAUUUAAAUUGCUUUCCACUUAGGGCUCCUUAGCAGAUCUAGCCAAUGAGUCCUUAGGAUAUCCCUGAGCUUAUUCAGAUCGGCUUUUCUAAAAUCCAAGGUACAUAUUUGACUACGUUCACACUGAUUCUACGUAAGAUCAGGCAUUCCAGCAUUGCGUGGUCACAUCCCUACUACUUUAAUGUCAUUGGCCAACUCUUUGCCGCUAUUGGUUAAGAGCGAGUCAAGGACAGCCAAUCCCUUCAUUCCUUCCUCUGCCUUUUGAAAGAGGAUGCCUGGAAUUUGUUCGGAGAUUCCAUGCUUGAUGGAGUUAGUCUCCCAGCAUAUAUCAGGGUACUUGAAGGCCACAUGAAUACUAAUUCUUGCUUCUCUGAAACAUCUGUCAUUUCUAAAAGGAAGCCACAGCUUCCCCUUGUUUCGGUGCUUUGUAGAAGUCUCCAAUCACAAUAUGUUUUUUUCUUGGUUAAUUUUUACCCAGGUGCCUUCCAUGGGACUACCUUGUUUGCUCUCUAGAAUUUCUGUGUAGAUCUACAUAUUUUUGACAUAUAGCACUAGUCCCCCUCCCUUCCUGUUGCAUCCAUUAUUUUUGAACAAUUUGUCCUUCCACUGCUACAUUCCAAUCAUAAGAGUCAUUCCUCCAAGUCUUAGAUAUACCUAUCCUGUUAUAUUUACCUUCCUGUCCUGGGAGUUCAAGCUCGUCUUGUUUAUUUUUCCAUUCUUUGUGCCUUCGUGUAGAGUCAGUAGAAGUCUUGGAUAGUCCAAGGAGCGAUGCUUCAUUGUCUCCCCUGUUAUUUAUAGUGUGGGGUUUGCUAGGCACUCCACCCCAAAUCUCCCCCAGCUUCUCCUGUAGUGCCCAGAUCCCUGUGUUAAGUGCUUCCCUUUUGUACUCACCUGCAAGCUAUUAUUUCCACUUUCCACAAAAUUUAGUUAAAAACCCUCUUGAUCAAAUUCCCCAUGCUUCUUCCAGGCACAUUUCCCCCAGGUCUUGUGUAGUGAAGCCCAUCUCUCUCCAGUAAGUCGUUUAUUAAGAAAGUUUUAACUGUUGUCCCACAAACCAGACUUUUCUAUAGCCCAUUCUCCCUCUGUAGCUGGUCACUCUCCUGAAGCAUUCUUCUCUCUGUUUGUGGUCCUCUACCUUUUGCAGAUAGAAUUGACAAGAAAACCACCUGAGCCCCAAGAUCCAGAACUUUGUAGUCAUAUGUGAUGUGUUCAUAGCUAUGCCUGGCAUUGUCAUUCAUUCCCAUGUGGAUGAGGAAGAAGGGAUAAUGACCGGUGAGCUUGAUAAGUCUUGGCAAACUUGCCCAUCACAUCCUGGAUCCGGGGAGACGGCCUUCACACCUGGACAGGUUCGGUUGGCACAGUGCCACCUCUGUACCUCUCAGUCCAUGGCCAUCACCACCCUUCUCUUUCUGCAUGUGUUGGUGGAGUCUUAUAUGUCUUUGAAGGGUUAAGAGCAGGGGUCAGCAAACUCUUUCAGCAGGGGGCCGGUCCACUGUCCCUCAAACCUUGUGGGGGGCCAGACUAUAUUUCGGGGGGGAGAGAAUGAAUUCCUGUGCCCCACAAACAACCCAGAGAUGCAUUUUAAAUAAAAGGACACAUUCUACUCAUUUAAAAACACGCUGAUUCCUGGACCGUCUGCGGGUCAGAUUUAGAGGGCGAUUGGGCCAGAUCCAGCCCCCAGGCCUUAGUUUGCCUACCCAUGCUUAAGAGUCUUCCAUCCCACCUGUUGCAGCUGUCCUCUGUUUAGAUAGUCAGAACCACUCUCGUCUGAAAGGUGCUGAAAAUGAUGCAUUAAUUUCAGUGGUUCAGAAUGCUUUCUGAUAGACCACUAUGAGAACAGAGUCCUGGGCUGGAUGGGCCUUUUGCCUGAUCCUGCCAGCUCCUCUUGUGUUCUCCCAUGCAGUGCCCCACCCCCCGCGCCCCCGCUCUCGUCUUCUUUCCUCUGACCUUCCUGCUUCAGUCCUUGUGCUUCUUUGUUUUUACCUUCUGUUCUUCAGAGAAAUAAACUUCAAUUUGCUGCAGGUGUAGUCCAUGUUACUUUCAGGCAAGGAAGAGGAUUAUUUAUUUACUGAUUACAUUUAUAUAUCACCUUUCUGUCCAAGAAGCUCAAAGGUGGUAUACAUGAUUCCUCUCCUCCCCAUUUAUACUUCCUGUGAGGUAGGUCAGGCUGAGAGCUGGUGACUGGCCCAAGAUCACCCAGUGAGCUUCAUGGCCGAGUGAGGAAUUUGAACCCUGCUCUCCCAGGUCAGAGUCCAACACUCUAGCCAGUACACUGCACAUGUUACAAGUCAUUACUGCUGUCCAUCUCCUUAGCUCUUGUUGAAGUCCUAAACUCUGCCUCUGACAAGGAAGUAGCUCCUUGCUUAUUCCUUCCUUCAUUUAUUGCCUAUAGGUUGCCUGUGUGUAUUGCUCCCAAACUUUCCCCCUCAUGGAUCACUUGAAAACUGCUGAGCAGACCACUUAAUAUUCACCGUUCCCUGCCUGUUGUAGCAAUUUCAAUGUGCUGUCCUAGAUGUUGUGUGAUUUUUAAAAUUGUAUUUUUGUUGCUUCUUUUGUUUCUUACAUUUUAUCGUAUUGUAUUACAAUUUAAAUCCCAUAGAAUUCUUCACAGGCAUGCCUCAGACCACCUGAAUGAUGUUUUUGGAUCGCUGGUGGUCUGCGGACCACAGUUUGGGAACUCCUGGUUUAGACGAUGAAUUUGCCUGCUUCAUAGAGAUUGCGGGCCAAGCCCCAUUAAGCUAACAGCAAUCCCAGACAGAAUCAUCAUCAUCAUCAUCAUUCAUUCAUUCCCCAGCCAUUUGAGAGAUUGGUGCUAGAUCAUAUUAAGGCUGGUCUUCCAUCCACUCUAGACCCGUUCCAGUUUGCAUACAGAAGAAAUAGAUCUACUGAUGAUGCUAUUUCCAUCGCUGUCCAUACUGUACUGAGUCAUCUAGAACGACAGGAACCUACGCAAGGCUGUUGUUUGUGGUUCACAGUUCUACCUUCAAUACAAUUCUGCCAGACAGGUUAUUUCUUAAAAUGACCAAUUUGGGUAAUACAUCAGAAAGAAUCUGUCUGUGGGUAAGAAUUUCUGACUGAUGGGCCGCAGACAGUGAGAAUGGGCCCUUACUGUUCUUCUCUAGUAUUAAGCUUCGACCUCAGGGGAUGUGCUAAGUCCUUCUCUAUUCCUGUACACAUUUGAUUGCACCUGUAUGGGUGCCUAAUCAUCAAAUUUGCGGAUGAUACAACAGUGGGGCUCAUUAGUGAGCAGUGGGACUGCUUAUGGAAGAAAGAAUUACAGGGGUUAAUUCAAUGGUGUAAAGAAAACAAUCAUAUGUAAACACCAAAAAACCAAAGAACUCAUAAUUGACUUAGGAGAAAGAAAGCGUAUUUUACCAUUGCACAUAAAUGGCGAGGAGGAGGUGGAGGGUUGGUAGUUUUUAAAUGCCUAGGCACCCAUCUCUGAGGACCUCUCAUGGACUGUAAAUAAUGUAUGUGGUUGUGAGGAAGGUGCAGGGGGUUGUGACUCUAGAAUGCUCAGGACUGAAUCUAUCUCAGCACCUAUUCCUGUCUAUUAUCACAGUACCAUCGAGAGUGUCUUAACAUUAUAGUAUAUUAUCAUUAGUAUGGGAGCAGCUCUGACGGAUAAAGCUUUACAGAAUAAUUAAAAUUGCAGAAUGUUGUUGGGCUCCAACUACCAACCCUGGAUGAGAUCUUCACGUCUGUGCUGAAGAAGUCCACACAAUAUCCUGAGAGAUCCACCCAUCCUGCUCCCUGACUUCUUUGAACUGUGCCUUCGGGCAGAAGAUAUAGGACAAUGAAAACACGAACCACACGCCUUCUGAAUGGUUUCUAUCCAAGAGCUCGAUUGCACUAAAUAAUGAUCUCAGGGCCAGUUGCAGGAAUAGCAAACAGGGGUAGGAAGGAAUGAGACAGGUUUUUUAGGUUAUGUUAUGCUUUUAAUAGGUUAUGUUACAUUCUGGGUAUGUUAUGUUUUAUAGAUUAUGUCUGAACGGAUGAGAGUGUUGGAGAUACGUGCAAAUGUGUAUGUGAACCCGGUCUUCGAGUGGGUGUGUGAUUUUCGUUGUUGUGUAUACUGUGUAUAUACGGACAAUGACAAUAAAUUUAUCUAAAUUAAAUCUUCAGCAGAGGCUGCUGGGUGGAUUUGCAGAGGAGCUGCUACCUCAACCAUUUUCAUACUACUAUGAAUCUUCAUUUAAAAUCUAUUUCGUAACAUCACUUUUAAAAACAGUAAAAGCAGAGGAGCAUAGGAAGCUGGCCUUAUGCUGAGUCAGACUCUUGAUCCGUUUAGCUCAGUAUCAUCCACAAUGACAGGCAGUUGCUGCCCAGGAUUUCAGGCAGGAGUCUUUUAAAGCCCCACAUGGAGAUGCUGGGAGUUGAAACUGGGAUCCUCUGCAUGCAAUGAAGGUUCCCUGCCUCUUGAGUUACAGCCCUUCCCCAAGGGUCUCUAAAAGUGCAGUUGGGAAUGAGCAUUUUCAGCUAAUUUAUAAAAAUGGGAGUGUGGAAGAGAGAAGAGUACAGGAAGCUGCCAGAAUCGUAGUCUGAACUAACCCUGUUCUACAAUCUAACUGUCUGCUCUGACUAUUGAAAGUUGUUGAGGGUCAAAAUGAUUGCAUCAGUCAGGGGCUGCUCCAAUCAAAAAUUCUAUACAGAAUGGAAUGCAUAGGGGAAUACAUGGAGAAAUAUGGUGUUAAAGCAGAACUCUUAAUAGGCAAUUGUAAAGCAUGUAAGGACAAAAGAAGUAAUUAUGAUUUAUCAGUUUUCAUGUUAUUUUGUUAAAGCAACUAGAAAAAAAUAUUAUGUUGGGAAGAUCUCACACAGGUGAAGGGAAGCAGUGGGGAGGAGGGGAGGGUUAGGUUGAAUUUGGGAAAUAAAAUAAUAUAUGGGACAGCAAAGGAUAUAAUAGAUUCUUAUAGAAUAGUAAUAUAUUGUAACCAGAAUAGAAGUUCAAAAGGGGAAGGAAAUGUACUAUUAGUAUUUUCAUUAUUGCAGUAGUUAUUAUUAUUAUCGGUAGAAGGCAAUGUUAACAGACUUCUUCGUUUUGCUGUCUGUAUAAUUUUCUUAAGUCAAUUUUUUAAAAAAGUUGUUGAGGGUCUUGGAUGGAGAGCUUACCUCUCACCUGCUACCUGAUGCUGGAAUUUGAGCCUGGGAGCUUCUGCGUGCAAAUCAUAUGCUCUGUCCCUGAGCUGUGGUCUUUCCCCUUCUGACUGGGAUUGCUCAGUCAGUAGAGCAUGGAGCUCUUAUUCUCAGGGCGGUGGGUUCGAGCCCCACAAUGGGCAAAAGAUUCCUGCAUUGCAGGGGGCUAGGCUAGAUGACCCUCAGGGUCCCUUCCAACUCCACGAUUCUAGGAUUCCCUUAAAGAAGAUGAGAGGUACAUUGUGUUCUGGUCUUUCAAAAACCCUGCUGGAUUGCUGUGCCCCACCAUACCAAAUCCAUCAAGGCUUUUAGGUUAGAAUCAUAGAAUUAUAGAGUUGGAAGACACCUGGGGGUCAUCUAGUCCAACCCCCUGCAAUGCCGGAAUCUCAGCUAAAGCAUCAGUUUAAAAACCUCCAAGGAAGGAGAGUUCAAAACCUCCCAAGGGAGUCUGUUAAACUGUUUCCUCCUGUCUUUCGCGUGACAAACCACUUAAAUCUGGCUUGCUUUUUAUUCUUCAGUCAAUCGCUGAUGGCUUUAAAGAAGCAGUACAGUAUGUCCUCCCUCGGCUCAUGUUGGUUCCUGUUUAUCACUGUUUGCACUACUUUGAACUGUUACAGGUAAGCACAUGCUCUUAGAAGGAAAGCAGAAGUUGGGACUUAUUUAUGUUUAUCAAGGCCAGAUCUGUUGGUGAAGUAUAGAGCGUUCUUGGCACUGCUUCUGCUCUUAUGCAAAGAAUGCUGGACUAGGAGGACCUCGAUCUGACCCAGCAACAAACUUCCAGUGUUAGGCAAGAGUACAUGUUCAAGGGUAAACUUAAAGUAGGUUAGUUAUGCCGGCUGCUCAGAAAUCUUUAUCAUAUAUAAGAAGCGCCUGCUGGAUCAGGCGAAAGGUCCACAUAGUCCAGCAUUCUUUUCUCGCUGUAACUGACCAAACGCCCCAAAACAAGGACUCAAGUGCAACAGCACUAUCCCGACUUGUGAUUCCCAGCACCUCCUGGCCUGUGUUUCAUUUUAAAACACAUCGGUGGGCCCCAACGUUUUAGCUAAAUGCAUUUUGGAAGACCAGUUGCCGUUCCAGUCAUCCCAACCCUGGACUAGACUGUUGUGUACUUCACAAUAGCUGGGAGAGUUCAUCUGGUAGAGCCUGAGGCUCUUAAUCUUAGGGUCAUGGAUUCAAGUCAUAUGUUGGGCAAAAGAUUCCUGCAUUGCAGAGGGUUGGACUAGAUGAUUCUCAUGGUCCCUUCCAACUCUACAAUUCUGUGGUUAUGUUGGCUUCUGAUUUUGAAGAAAGUAGGGCCAGAGGCAGAAGAAAGUCCCUUUCAAAGCCAAAAUGUCAGUGUUAUGCCCUACAGGAGUAUAAAGUAAGGAUUGCCGUCAGUCAGGUAUCAAAGAAUGAAUAGCUCCUAGGCACCGUCUUUGUAAUUAAAGUCCUGAGCCCACUGUUCCUCAGAAGCUUUCAUUUUCACCGGUGAGGCAAGCUUUCAAAAGCUUCCCAGAGAUAGUUUCAAUGAAUAGUUUUGCAGUGUCUGCAGGAGGAAGUGAAUAAUUGAAAGGAAUGCUCCCCUUUCGGUGACUUGACUUCAAGGAAUGUUCUGUAUCAUGACUGCUUGGAAUUUUGUCAUAGAAUUUGGAGCAGCCCACUGCAUCCUGCCAGAAAACGUACCUGUAUGACAGCCACACAGAUGUUUUAGACAUGCUGCUUGAUCCUAUUAGCCCUGAGGAAGCUAAUGGAAUCUACUUCCCUGCGUGCUACACAAAUCCUUUUUUCCUGCCCUCAGCAAUUGCUCAGGUCUGAUGGAAAUAAACGUCUUUCUUUUCAGCAAUUGCAAUACUGUAGUAAAGAUGUAGAAGACUGCGAAUGCUUGAAACAAGCCAUCACAGCUCUCCUUAAUCUCCAAUGUAGCAUGGAACGCAUCUAUAACAAGCACUCACCUAGACGCCGGCCUGGGUAAGGAAGUAGCCUAACGGUGGACUUGGCCAUAGCCUGAGACCUUUGGGAACACUAAUUCAUAGGUUGAAGUUUGGAGGGGGGUCGCACUGCAGGAGUUGGGGCUGUGGGUGACGCAUCCUAAUAGUUUCUCUUCUUUUAGGACCUGUUCACAAGAUGGGAGCCAUCCACCUGCCCAAGUUCACAGUGGGUUUCAACUUGCAUGGCAGGUCUUCCCUUUUCUCUCCUCUCUUCAAAAUGGGGGGGGGGCAUGUACAGGAGAGGAAGGUGAAGCCCCCCUGUGCAAGCAGAAAUCUGUUUGGCAGUAGAUGUUACCUUUGUGCUUAAAAAGCAAGCAUGUUUUCUAAACACCUACAUUCAUCGUGCAUACACAAAUUGGAACCUGGGCUGUCUGUGGUUCCCAUUCAAGCAUGAAUUCAGUGGCAGGCAAGGAUAUACAGCUAAUGUGUGUGAUCCCCAUGCUAGUUUGGGGUGUGUGUGGUGCUUUGGCCUGACUUUCAUGUGUUUUUAAAGCUCAUUUUUGUGGUGAAUGUGGCCAGAGGAGUAUUUAAAUGAAAGCAAGCAGCUUAGCCUGAUCCUUGAUAAUGUUUUUCCUCCUAGCUAACAACUGUCGAUAUUGGGGUAAACUCUUAAACUCAUAUAUUGUCUUGAAAUAAAUAAAAAAAUUAAAAAUUGUCCAGUAGCACCUUAGAAAGUUUAUACCCAGAACAAACUUAGUUGGUCUCUAAGGUGCUACUGGACAAUUUUUUAAUUUUAUUUAUUUAUUUCGACUGCGUCAGACCAACACAGCUGCCUACCUGAAUCAUAUAUUGUGUGUUUUAGGGAGCCAGUGUUUUGGUUCUAUAAUCGCCAAGUAAGAAGCAAACACCUUGCCAUUAAAAAAAUGAAUGAGAUCCAGAAGAACAUCGAUGGCUGGGAAGGCAAAGAUAUUGGCCAGUGCUGUAAUGAAUUCAUAAUGGAAGGGACGUUGGCACGAGUUGGAGCCAAACACGAGCGACACGUCUUUCUUUUCGAUGGCUUAAUGAUCAGCUGCAAAGCCAAUCACGGUCAGUCGCGGCUCCCGGGCUACAGCAACGCAGAGUACCGACUGAAGGAAAAAAUUGUCAUGCGGAAAGUCCACAUAGUUGAUAAGGAUGACACAUGUGAAUACAAGAACGCCUUUGAACUGGUCCCUAAAGAUGAGAACAGCUUCAUGUUUGCGGCCAAGUCUAGCGAGGAGAAGAACAAUUGGAUGGCGGCUCUGAUCUCCCUGCAGUACCGCAGCACCCUCGACCGAAUGUUGGAUGCGGUGCUGUUGAAAGAGGAGAAUGAGCAGCCCCUGCGGCUCCCCAGUCCGAGUGUCUACCGCUUUGCAGUGGAGGACUCCGAGGAAAAUAUCGUUUUUGAAGACAACCUUCAGAGCCGGAACGGAAUUCCCAUUAUCAAAGGUGGAACCGUAGUGAAGCUCAUUGAACGACUGACCUACCACAUGUAUGCAGGUAUCUGGCUUUCCUACCUAGAGGGUUGAUAUCUCUCUUCAUUGCAUUAUUGGCAUGGGGGAAAGGACCAAUUGUUAACUAAAACCAGGUCAGAGAUCUUUCAUGUGAUAAUUGUAUUUAAACUUAUUCCUGUUUGCUUUUCUAGAUCCUAAUUUUGUGCGUACUUUUCUUACCACGUACCGCUCAUUUUGUAAGCCCCAGGAACUUCUAGCUUUGUUGACAGAACGGUAAGUUAAAAAAACCUCAGUUACUUGGCAAUUGAUUUAGCUGUUACAUUUGCAAUAAGAAGUGUAAGCAGAUUUCUUGUGUUGGCACAAUCAUCUUGGAGCUGUCUAUUCUAAGGGCUUUUCCUAAUUCUCUUCUGUUCUCCAGAGUCCAUUAAGUGUUUAAUUAAAUAAUGCUUUUAGGCUCGUGUGGUCUCUGACAAUCUGAAGCUGAAGCUAAAACAGUCUGGCCUAAACCGAAAGCAGAAUGUGUACUGAAAAAAUAAUGUUGCUUAAGGUUGAUUUUCUGUGCAAAAUAUAUCCCUAAUAAAUCUAAAAUGAAGAGAGGGAAAGAAGGGUGGCGUCAAAUUUGGCCUAUUGACAACAUGACUCUGGAUCUUAGCUUCUCAGUUGGCUUUAUAAACCUUCCAGCUGGGAAGAAAGGCUUGAAAACAAAAGAGAGAGAUUGCAGGAAACUGAUCAAGUCAUUUUUAAAAUGUUUUAUGAAUGUAUGAUUUUGUGAGAGGCCUGUUAAGAAGCACUGCAUUGUCAGCACUAAGGCUCGUCCCAACUGUCCAGAGAAUGUGAGGUCAGAUAGCAGUCUGAGCAGAAAACGCAGUAGGACUUGAGGAGAGAGACUCCCUUUCUACAGUGGAUCAGCGAUUUUAGUUUUUAGUUACUGUAGAAAUUAUCCCUGAAAGUACAGUAUUGUGUCCUAGUUUUUAAGAAAUUAUUUCUUGGUAACUGUUUAAAAAAUGGUCCUUCUGCAAAUUUUCUAUAACAUUGGAAACUGCACUUCAUUUGUGCAACUUCCAUGGGUAUGUUAAGACAUGCUAAUCAUGUCCAGAAUGACUCUGGGAGACAAAUAAUAUUCCCACUACUGGAAUUUAAAGUAGAAGCCAGGAAAGGUAAUUGUUGAGAUAUCGAGGGAGCAGAACUUCAUUUUGCAAAAGCAUCGAAAGAUAUAGAAACAUUCUUGACCUUUUGCUAUUAAAAAAAAAGUCUUGGGGGAUGCAAAAAUUGGAAUAUCAGAACUAAGAUAGAUAUAAUAAAUAACAGGCUAUUUGCAGGUUAGGGAAUUCAGUGCCCUAAAAUCAACAGCCUUAAUAUGUCUCAAUGUUAGCACUUUAUCCCCCACCCCUACCCAGUUAUGGAUCAGAAUGUAUUCUAAGAUAGUUCUCCUUUCUUUGUAUUCUGGAUGUCAUGUAAUUCACCUUUCAACUCCUGUUUAUUACUAGAUUUGAAAUCCCAGAGCCUGAGCCAACAGAAGCCGAUAGGCUGGCAAUAGAGAAAGGAGAACAGCCAAUCAGUGCAGACCUUAAAAGAUUUCGCAAAGAAUAUGUCCAGCCAGUGCAACUCAGGUUUGAGCUUUCAUCUCUUUCUUAGAAUCUGACUUAAACCAUCAGGGGGGAGAAUGUGUGGGUUACCUCAUUUCAUGUGAGAGUGCACAAUGCUCAUGCUGCUUGGGAAUGGACCUGGUUUAUGUGGGGAGGCCAGACAGUGCAAUAUUAUACAACCCCUUGAGUUCAGUGGGACUUCCUCUUGCGUAAGGACGUGGUAGGACUGCAGCCUGGGAGUUUACCCUGGAAAUCAGUGGACAUGGUACCAAGAGAGGGUGCAGCAUAGCAGCUAAAAAUGUGAUCUGGGAAAUUCAGACCUCUCACUGGGUGUUCUUAGGGGAAAAAAACCUUUUCUCGCAGGAUGCACCGUCUGCAAAAUGGGGGUAAUAAAUUGGCUCACCUUACAAAUUAUAUUGUAAGAAUUACAGUGAUUAAAUGUGUAAAGCACUUAAACAGCUAGGAAUGAUUACAGGGUUCCCCACACAAAGCAAUAUAAAUUACAUUACCAGGCUUGUAGUAAAAAUUAUUAUUAUUAAUGUGAUUUCUUACCUGCUCUUCACUAUAAGGUCCCAGGGUGGGUUACAGCAAUUUAGCAAUACAAGCUUAAUGCAAACAGUGUAAAGGUCUGUGUUAAUGUUAAGUAGUACAGUGGUACCUCAGGUUACAUACGCUUCAGGUUACAGACUCCACUAACCCAGAAAUAGUACCUCGGGUUAAGAACUUUGCUUCAGGAUGAGAACAGAAAUUGCACGGUGGCGGCACGGCGGCAGCGGGAGGCCCCAUUAGCUAAAGUGGUGCUUCAGGUUAAGAACAGUUUCAGGUUAAGAACGGACCUCCGGAACAAAUUAAGUACUUAACCCGAGGUACCACUGUAGUGAGAAAGAUAAUAGUGAAAGUAUCUAAUUCAUAAGUCACAGAAAGGUCAGGGCAAAUGGUGGACUCUCUAUUGUUGUUUGACCAGAUGCCCACGUAAUAUUGGAGGUGUUACUGUGGCACUACAAGGGAGAAGGGUGAAUUUUCACUAAUAUUGUUGGAAGAUGUUUCUGCUUCCCUUAUGAAAAACAUGAGCAUGAUCUUGGGAAUUAACCUGUGCCUAAAUGUGUCUGAAAUAAUACAUGUACUGGGGAGAUUCCAAAUUGCAUACCUCUAAGGCAGAUUAUGGGUUGUAGCCAGCUAAGUUUUACCCAUUGAAAUGGAUGAACCUAAUUUAGCAAUAGGGACGCGGGUGGCGCUGUGGGUUAAACCACAGAGCCUAGGACUUGCCGAUCAGAAGGUCAGCGGUUCGAAUCCCCGCAACGGGGUGAGCUCCCGUUGCUCGGUCCCUGCUUCUGUCAACCUAGCAGUUUGAAAGCAGGUCAAAGUGCAAGUAGAUAAAUAGGUACCUCUCUGGCGGGAAGCUAAACGGCGUUUCCGUGCGCUGCUCUGGUUCGCCAGAAGUGGCUUAGUCAUGCUGGCCACAUGACCCACAUGACCCUCGGCCAAUAAAGCGAGAUGAGCCAGCCCCAGAGUCGGUCACGACUGGACCUAAUGGUCAGGGGUCCCUUUACCUUUAAUUUAGCAAUGUCCAUUAAUUUCAGUGGUUCUACUCUUGAGUUUGUGUAGCAUUGAUGCAACUCAAUGUUUUGGAUUAACUAUUAGGAAGUUGUUUUGUGGGUCUUCAUAUGUGUGUCUGAUAUCUAGGCCUGUACUUACAACUUUCCACUUGAAACCUUGCCUUCAGAUUUCCUACAACAAUGAGAGUUACGCGGUUCAAGCUAUUUUGGGAGAAGAUGUGUGCUCCUAGUCCCUAUGUCUGUGUAGAGAGAUUUGCAGUUUGUUAGACACAGGGGAUUUUAAUCCUCUAAUCAGAAAUUAACUUGGUGGCUCACAAAAUAAUCCACAUUUUUUUAAAAAAAAAUCAGAAAAUGCCAUCCAUCUCCAACCUUGAUUUCUCCUUGGUUGAACGUGUCUGCCUCAGUCUGGGUUUAUGAAAACUAAACUGGUGGCAUUUUUUUCUUCACCUCCCACUUCUUUUCACCCCCAGGAUAUUAAAUGUGUUUCGGCACUGGGUGGAACACCAUUAUUAUGAUUUUGAGAGAGAUCAGGAGCUACUUGAUAAAUUGGAAACAUUUAUUUCCACUGUAAGAGGUACGUGUCUUGAGUUGACUUUUGUUUAAAUUGCUCUGUCUCAUCUGCUAUGUGGAUUUAGCAUCUUAAGAAAUUCUGAAAAUUCUGCUUGGCUGUGCUUACUCAGAAGACAAUGGUAUUUACAAGCACUACAAGCCAGCGACAUCCUUUCCAUUUAACUUUGUUUUGCAACAGGAAAAGCAUCUCAGUUUCAUAACUUCAAUCAGAAGCUCUUUGAAUCUGUGUCUUGCUUCUUCCAGGAAAAGUUCACAUAUAAAGUAGUGCUGUAAAUGAUUUAAGAGCAACUUCACACAUGGCUUUUGUCAAAAACUAUGUGUGCAAGGUGGCUUCAGUAAGCUCUCCGGGAGCCUGCAUGUUUGCUCGUUCAAGCUAAGCCAUAGUUUGUCUUAGCAUUAUGUGCAAACUGGGACACUGUGUACAUAAAGGUGUAGCCCUUUGGAAGAGCUUGACUUGCACUGAUAUAUUUAAACUGCUUUCCCCAGCCUAUUCUAUAACUCAUCCAGUGAAGCUGAUAGUUGGCAGAUUCAGAGCAGACAAAAAUAAGUACCACAUUUUUCCGUGCAUAAGAUGCCCCCAUGUAUAAGACGACCCCUAUUUUUUUAACCCAAAAUUAAGAAUAUGCACUAUCCGUGUAUAGGACAACCCCUUACUUUAAACUUCAAAAAUUUAAGGAAAAAUAUAGUCUUAUACACGGAAAAAUACGGUACUUCUUCACAUUGCACACAAUCAGACUAUGGCAUUCACUCCGACAAGAUGCAGCAAUGGCCAGCCAACUUGUAUAGCUUUGAAAGAAGAUCAGAUGAAAUCAUGGAGAUUAUGAUUGUCAGUUGCUAUUAUCCAUGAAGGCCAUGUUCUGACUCCACUGUCAAAGGCAGUAUGCAUUUGAAUACCAGCUGAUGGGACUCACAGGUGGAGAGUGCGCUCUUGUACUCAGGUUCUGCUUCUGAGUUUCCCAUGGGCAUCUAGUUAGCCGCUAUGAAGUCAGGAUGCUGGUUUAAACAAGCCUUUAGCCGGUUCCAACAGGGCUCUUUUUAUGUUCUUACAUGGAAUACAGAGCUUGCAAAAAGGCAGGGCUGAUGAAGAAUACUAGAUGUGUACAUAAGGUGUUAGAGGGGAUUGUUGAACAAGAUGUCCAGAGAUGGGGGGCAGUGGAUUCAUUGCUCUGUGCAGUGGUACAGCGCACGCUUCUGCAUACAGAAGGUGGCCAUUUCAUUUCCUGCAGAAUUGGCCAUAAAUUCAGCCACCGUAAAAUCCCAAACCAGUGAAUAUGGAACUGAGCAACCCUGCCACAAAAUAAUUAAAGCAUCUGUAUGAUCUUCCCUUCCCACCGUAUCCAAUAUGUCUUCCAGGCAAAUCCAUGAAGAAGUGGGUGGAAUCCAUUGUCAAGAUCAUCAGGAGGAAGAAGCAAGCUCAUGCAAACGGCAUUAGCCACAACAUAACUUUUGAGAGCCCUCCACCCCCAAUUGAGUGGCACAUCAGCCGCCAGUUUGAGACGUUUGACCUCAUGACGCUGCACCCCAUAGAGAUUGCUCGGCAGCUGACUCUCCUGGAAUCUGAUCUCUACAGGUAGAGUGUGUUCUGUUGGACCUCCAUCACCUGACGAACCACAGAGUGCUCCUCUCCUAUCAGGUUCAUUGGUGCAGAUUCAGUCUGAAUGGUAUAGGUAGCAGUAUGAGGACUCCCAUACCAGUAUAUGCCAAGUGCUCACCGUCAGUCUGUGGUAUUUAUGUCAUGCACCAAUCAGGUGCAACAUAUCAAAGUAGCUGAGCAGUCAAGGGAAGAGCCAUGGUGAUGCACAUUGUCCCAAGGUUAGUCCCUGAUGUUGUUGUUUAGUCGUUUAGUCUUGUCCGACUCUUCAUGACCCCCUGGACCAGAGCACGCCAGGCCCUCCUGUCUUCCACUGCCUCCUGCAGUUUGGUCAAACUCAUGCUGGUAGCUUCAAGAACAUUGUCCAACCACUUCAUCCUCUGUCGUCCCCUUCUCCUUGUGCCCUCCAUCUUUCCCAACAUCAGGGUCUUUUCCAUUCUCUUCUCAUGAGCUGGCCAAAGUAUUGGAGUCUCAGCUUCAGGAUCUGUCCUUCCAGUGAGCACUCAGGAUUGAUUUCCUUCAGAAUGGAUAGGUUUGAUCUUCUUGCAGUUCAUGGGACUCUCAAGAGUCUCCUCCAGCACCAGAAUUCAAAAGCAUCAGUCCUUGAUAGCUCCAAUUAAAAGGUAGGAAUAUGGGGGAAAGACUUGAAGGGACAGUCCAGGACUAAAUGGACCAAUAGUCCGUUUCAAGGUAGCUUCAUGCACACAGAUGAACCAGAGAGUCUCUGAUUAAAAUCUCUCUUACCUUUAAAGAGUGCUUGGAUAAUAAAUGUAAAGUGGUUUGUGUAUUCUCCAUUAGGUAUUUGGGAGGCAUCCAACCUCAUCCAGUUACCCAAAAAAAGGGAGGGUGCUUGGAUCAUUCUAAAGUGGGUGCUCUGAUCUUUCUGAAGUACAGUAUAAAUCAUAAAGAUUUAUACAGCAAAGCCAUAAUUGGGGGUUUCUGAAAGGAGAGGAUUAGCAGAAAUAUGUUGUUGUUGUUUUAAUCUAGCACUUCUUUAGUUAGUGCAUCUAAUACUUAGUUUCUUGUACACGUGAUCUGAUACUUAAUAGGGAGGGUGAAUUAUAGAAACAUAGAAACUUAGUAUUGGAAGGGGUCCUAAGGGUCAUCUCGUCCAACCUACUGCAAUGGUAAAGUAAAGGACCCCUGGACGGUUAAGUCAAAGGUGACUGUGGGGUUGUGGCGCUCAUCUCCCUUUCAGGCCAAGGGAGCCAGCGUUUCUCCACAUACCAGCAUGACUAAACCGCUUCUGGCACAACGGAACACCAUGACGGAAACCAGAGCGCACGGAAACACUGUUUAUCUUCCUGCCGCAGUGGUACCUAUUUUUCUCCUUGCACUGGUGUGCUUUCAAACUGCUAGGUUGGCAGGAGCUGGGACAGAGCAACGGGAGCUCACCCCGUCGUGGGGAUUCAAACCGCCAACCUUCCCAUCGGCCAGCCCAAGAGGCUCAGUGGUUUAGACCACAGCGCCACCCGCAUCCCCCACUGCAGUGAAGGAAUCUCAGCUAAAGCAUGCAUGAAAAGAUGACUGUGUCAUUUGAAAAACGAAACAAGCCUAGAAUGAUGGAAUCGGUAGACCUCAGAUUUAGAAGAAUUGGGCCACUGAUUAACUAGCUGAAAUUGAUGUCCUCAUGUAAGCUCUGAUUCCCCUUUCUGGAAAAUUGCUGAGCAAUUGCUGAGCAGCAGCCCACAGUAGCAGACAUGUGACCACCAUAUCGCAUCUCUUGAUAUCCGGUAUCAUCCCUUCAGUAGCAUUAAUGUCUUCCUCAACUUUCCAUAUCUCAUAUUCGUGGGCUUGUCUGUUUCUGUUUCAGGGCUGUCCAGCCAUCUGAACUUGUUGGGAGUGUGUGGACAAAAGAAGAUAAAGAAAUUAAUUCUCCAAAUCUGCUGAAAAUGAUUAGGCAUACCACAAACCUUACGCUUUGGUUUGAAAAGUAAGUGGUGAAUCGAGUAGAGGCAUCACUUUGGUCACUGCCCUGGGAGGCUCUUGUCAUAGAAGGCUAUGAGAACACACAUUUUUCGUCAGGGAGCCGGACAAUAACUUUUUUAUCUUUCAGACCAAAGCAGAAUAGGAGCAGGAAACUCCAUAUGCAGCCAAGUCCAGUACCACCUAGUGACUAAACUGUAUAAUAACACCAUUCACACAACUCCUAACCUUUGCAUUAUAAAACGUUUACUGAACAUUUACAGUUUCCAUUACAGUCGUACCUUGGAAGUCAAACAGCUUGGUUCCCAAACGACUUGGCUCCCCAACGUCCCAAACACGGAAGUGACUGUUCCAGUUUGCAAACUAUUUUUGGAAGCCGAAAGUCCGAUGGGGCUUCCACAGCUUCUCAUUGGCUGCAGGAGCUUCCUGCAGCCAAUCAGAAGCUACGCUUUGGUUUUCGAACAUUUUGGAAGUCGAACAGAUUUCCCGAACGGAUUCCGUUCGACUUCCAAGGUACGACUGUAUUUCUUACGUUCUGUUAGUAAGGCUUGGGCCCCUUAAAAAAAAGCAUUGCAGGUAACUUGCCUUUUUCAGAUUAAUCUGAUUAUAGUCAUUCCAUACCUUUCUUCUUGUUACUUAUAAGCUGAAAUAUUUUUUAAAAAAUAUUUGAAAGUAGAAGGAUACCUGAUGAAAUGAACUAGAAUAAUAAGCCAUGAUCAACAGGGCCAUUCACUCGUGUUGUACCUGAUUUUUCGGUGACAUUUGCCUUUAUAGUAUAUCAGUUUGAAAAAUGCUUAAUUUGAAAAGCUGUAGUCAGAGGAGAUGAGCAUGUCCCUUCCUCCCCUCUUCCCGUUACCCCUUAAACCUCUGCAAUAGAGUCAGUAGGGCUGAUGGUAUGUGAUUGCAGUGGCCAGGAAAAUGGAAUGUUAGGAAGAGGGAAGCAGCAUUGGAACAGGUGUUUCGCAAUGGUUAUUAGGAAGAAGAAGGCAGCAAGGAAGAGGAUAGAUGGUUGGUAGAAGAGAAGGAAAUGAGGGAAGAACUGGGUAAAUAAAAAUGGGUUUUCUCUGUCUCUCUCUGUCUCUCUGAAGCAGGCAUCAAACCAGCUUCAUGGUUGAUAGAGUGGUUUCAAAUCCCGCCUGAUCAUCAUAGAUAGAUAGAUAGAUAGCUUUAUUGUCAUUGUCCCAUACAGAACAAUGAAAUUGAAAAACUACAUAAAACAUUAAAAAACCCCUAAAAACUCUGAAACCCCAUUUUAAAAUACACUAUGCUAUAAAAUACACUAUACUAUAGAGACCCCGUAUGCUGUGUUUAGAACCAGAAUUGCAUUUGCAUAGAAACUGUUUCUCAGGCGGCUAGUCCUGGCCUUUAUAACCCUAUACCUUCUUCCAGAAGGCAGAAGCUGAAAGAGAUCAUUUCCGGAGUGCGCACUAUCCUGCGCUAUCUCUGCCGCAUUCUUAUGGCACCUGGCAGCAUAGAUUUGAUCCAAGGUGGGAAGAGUGCACCCAAUUAUUCUCUCCGCAGUCUUUACAACCCUGGAUAGCAUUGUUUUUUCCCUGACCGUGCAGCUCCCAAACCACACACACAGACCAUAAGUUAAUACGCUCUCCACAGUGCAAUGGUAAAAUGCCAUCAACAGGUCCUUUGAGAGAUUGUUUUUCCAGAGGAUUCUGUACCAUCAUGGUACAGAAUGGCUUUGAGGGGCAGGUGGGAGCCACCUGCAAAGUCCCCAGUGCAGCUGACAGUCACAGUGUAUUGCCCUCUUCCACUUCCUGAGAUAGCAUGUGUGCGCAUAUUUCCAAAUUAGAUUUUAAACUUUGAGGAACUGAAGAGAUAAUUUUGUGGGAACAGCUAAUGAUAAAGAGGAGGAAGCACUUUUUAUUUAAUUUUAAUGUAUGAAACUGGCAGGUGCAUCCUUCUGGAAAACAGACAUGGUCUUCAUCACGUUCUAGUUUCUUUUAUGCAAGGAUAUUUGUGUGGUAUAAUAAACAGAACAUUUGGGUAGGAUCAGAGACGCGUGGGUUUGAAGCGCUGCCCAGCCAUGAAGGUUACUGAGUGGCCUUAGGCAAGUCAUUCCCUCAAUGGACCUCAGCAGAAUGAGCCUCCUGAACAGAUGGCGUCUACGGGAGGCUCUCAGUUGCAGAGUGCAGCCAUUGAUUUGGUACAUAAGGGGUGAGAUUAUUUUUUUAGAUAUCCUGAUUCUUGGCUUUAUACACCAAAACCAGCAACUUGAACUUAGCAUGGUAGCUAAAAAUGUAUGGAAUUUAUCUCCCUCUUUCUCAAAAAUUAGGUGCAUUGUGGAAACAGAGAACUUUGAAGAGCGAGUGGCCAUCUUAGGCAGGAUUAUAGAAAUCUUGCAGGUUUUCCAAGACUUGAAUAAUUUUAAUGGUGUGCUGGAGAUUGUAAGUGCAAUGAAUUCUGUCUCAGUGUACAGAUUGGAUCACACAUUUGAGGUAAGCUUUGGUGUCUGGACCAGUGUUGGAAGUGUAGCCAGCUUUUUAAAAACUAAAAUUAUCCACAUUUAAAAGCUAAUGAAGCUCUGGGAAAAUAUAUGUGGUUGUACGUGGGGAACUGGGAUGGAAGGGUAGAGUUGCUUUUCCAAAAUCAAGCCUGUGUAUCUCAGAGCUCGCAGAGAUCCUAUCUUCCCAUUUUGCUUUGUGCUCUGCCAAACUUCAGCCUGGUGGAUAGUACCGGUAAUGUUUUUUGGCAGUUUCUGUAUUAUGAACAUUUUUAUUGUUUUUUAUUUGCAAUAUAUUUUGCAAUUUGCUGAGUAUUCCUAGUGUCUGUCUUCAUAUACUGGGUAAAAUAGCUUUGGCAGACCCUAAAGCUGACUUUGUAACUUGAUUGGCUGAAUAAUUAAAAAAUGAAGAUAUUAAAUGAAAUAAUGUAUAGCACGAUCACAGAUUUCUGGCUAGUGUUAAAUAUACUGUAGUAUUAAAUAUAGCAAUGUCUGACUCUCUUUCUCUCCUUGUUAAAUUAGGCACUGCAGGAAAGAAAAAAGAAAAUUUUGGAUGAAGCAGUAGAAUUAAGUCAAGAUCACUUUAAAAAAUACCUUGCUAAACUCAAGUCAAUCAACCCACCCUGUGUGCCUUUCUUUGGUAAGUUACAGCACAGAAGCGGAAUUAAGGGGCAGUUUGCCAUGACACUGUUUUUUGUUUUUUAAAGAAGCUUUCUACAUUAUUAAACAAGCAAAAGUUUUUAUGUUACAUACUUCUUCUUUCAUUCUGUCUCUGUGUACAUUUUAAGAGAAAAGUAAUGAGUAGCUGCAGUAACUACUCUCAGACUGCAUAUGUGCCCAGUCAGGAUAAAGGGGUAAAAUUUCUAGAUACCCUAAAUGAUUCUGCCCUAGAACGGUAUGUAUAUUAUUUAUAUUUAUAUGCCACCCAUCCGACUGGGUUGCCACAGACACUCUUGGCAGUUCCCAACAAAAUAUUAAAAACACAAUACAACAAAAGACCUAGUGCAAGAUGUAAGUGUUGCCAAGCCAUUUGGCAACAGUGACUACAGUGUAGUGCUGGCAAAUUACAACGAACCUGGCCAAUUCCCAAGAAAAUCCAGCAUGGUCACAAUAGACUUCAAGGGAGGAAAUGUUCCCAAAAGGCAGAGAUUUGUACAAAGGAAGUUGAAAUGCAAGGUCAAGAGGGUCAAAUCAGUCCAAAAUGCUUGAGAGUUGUUUAAAAACAAUAUCAGAAAUUCAGCUGGCAUGUAUACUACAGAUAGGCACCACCAAGGCCAAAAGGCAUAGAUAACGAGAAGAGCCAGGGAAGCUAUUAGAAUGAGCUUCCCUUCCUUUACUUGCAGUCUUAGGUAAAGGGACCCCUGACCAUUAGGUCCAGUCGUGACCGACUCUGGGGUUGCAGCGCUCAUCUCACUUUACUGGCCGAGGGAGCCGGCGUACAGCUUCCGGGUCAUGUGGCCAGCAUGACUAAGCUGCUUCUGGCAAACCAGAGCAGCACACGGAAACGCCGUUUACCUUCCCGCCAGAGUGGUACCCAUUUAUCUACUUACACUUUGACGUGCUUUCGAACUGCUAGGUUGGCAGGAGCAGGGACCGAGCAACGGGAGCUCACCCCCUCGCGGGGAUUCGAACCGCCAACCUUCUGAUCGGCAAGUCCUAGGCUCUGUGGUUUAACCCACAGCGCCACCCGCAUCCCUACUUACAAUCUUAGUCAUGAGCAAAAAAGAUGGCAUGAAUGUGGAAAACUUAAAAUCUUUUCCUGUUCCCCAAUUAGGAAUAUACUUAACAAAUAUUCUGAAGACUGAGGAAGGGAAUCCCGACUUCCUUAAAAGACAAGGGAAAGGAUUAAUCAACUUCAGCAAGAGGAGGAAAGUGGCUGAAAUCACAGGAGAAAUCCAGCAGUAUCAAAACCAGCCAUAUUGCUUACGGGUCGAACCAGACAUACGGGUAAGUGGAGAGCAUGGGUGGUCUUGGCUGUGUGCAUGUGAAGGUGACAGAAAACUCUUUGGUGUUCUGCUGAGGCUAUGACAGCAGCUGCAAAUGUGAAGUUGAGGCUCACAUUUAGCUGUGCAGAUCUCAGAGCAUUUUUAAAAAGCAGAGACAUCACCUUGGCAACAAAGGUCUGUAUAGUUAAAGCUAUGGUUUUCCCAGUAGUGAUGUAUGGAAGUGAGAGCUGGACCAUAAAGAAGGCUGAUCACCGAAGAAUUGAUGCUUUGAAUUAUGGUGCUGGAGGAGACUCUUGAGAGUCCCAUGGACUGCAAGAAGAUCAAACAUCUCCAUUCUGAAGGAAAUCAGCCCUGAGUGCUCACUGGAAGGACAGAUCCUGAAGCUGAGACUCCAAGACUUUGGCCACCUCAUGAGAAGAGAAGACUCCCUGGAAAAGACCCUGAUGUUGGGAAAGAUGGAGGGCACAAGGAGAAGGGGACGACAGAGGACGAGAUGGUGUGACAGUGUUCUUGAAGCUACCAGCAUGAGUUUGACCAAACUGCGGGAGGCAGUGGAAGACAGGAGUGCCUGGCGUGCUCUGGUCCAGGGGGCCACGAAGAGUCAGACACGACUAAACAACUAAACAACAACAACAGCAGCAGUCUCAGAGCAUCCAUUUUCCAAGCUGUAUUUGCUAAAUGUGUCAGUUAAACGAGCCUAGUUCAGAACUGGGCACUGCUCCACUCUGGGCACCCUUUGCUAAUCUGAAGUGAGCAUCAUGUUCUGAAAAUGAUGUAUGUUGCUCAAGACGGGGAAACAGCUAGGCUAGGUGUUCGCCAACUUCCUUCUCAUGACAUUCUGUGAAUUCAGUGCAGGGCAUAAGGAUGGGUUGGCCAGUCGAACUGCUGCCUCAAACACAGCACCUUUUCCCUCAAAGACGGGUCUGGGCACAUCCAAGUUUGUAAAUGGGAAUUUUUAUUCAGUUUGGUUGAAAACGUAUUUUUGUCUUUCCAGAGGUUCUUUGAAAAUCUGAACCCCAUGGGAAGCUCCCCAGAGAAAGAAUUUACAGACUACUUGUUCAACAAAUCGCUGGAGAUUGAGCCUCGAAACUGCAAGCAGCCCCCUAGAUAUGUAAGUCCCUUGGGGUGUCUUCGAUUCUGUUUAAAAGUGUGUACAUAUGAUUUGCACUUUUUAAAAAAAUGGGUGGAGCAGGAGCUUCUUUGUACGUAAAGAUGCAGGUGGUUGCUUGUCUGAAGGGAGGGGUGGCUGGACCUCAGUCCUAUAAGGCAGGUGAGAGCAACCAGUCUACAUUCUGGGGGGCUGCAUGUGGUACCCCAAUGCCUUCAGAAACUGUCUUUUUUCCUUCCCAUCAAAAUCCCUUCCUUCCAGUUUGUUUACUCCGUUUCUUGACUUUUAAAAGUGUUCCCCCCUCUUUCUAUGUAGUUUCAGAACAACUGGGCGGUAUUUUAUUUGUUAAAUAUUAAUUGAUGGGAUCCCCCUCCCCGACAUUUUGGCUUGGAGAAAAUGCGUUGGAACUAACGUUGGAAGGAAAUUAUUUUUACUUGCUUUGCAGAACAGAAUUGGCCUAUAGUUCGGCUAAAAAGAAAAACCUUGUGUAGACUUACUUCAGAGUAACCCCGUAAAACCCAGUUCUUUCAGAUAGCUGUUUCUUCGUCGUUAAACGUUUCCCGCACUGGUUUGUUUCCUUGCAAGGCAUAUGUGGGAGGGAGAUCUCUGAAAUGGCUUAUUUCUCACUCUAGCCCAGGAAAACAAACUACUCUCUGAAAUCUCCUGGAAUAAGGCCCAAUGCCGGCAGGCACAGCUCCACGUCGGGCACAUUGAGGGGCCACCCAACGCCUCUUGAAAAGGAGCCCUACAAGAUCAGUUUCAGUAGAAUUACAGAAGCCGAACACGAGUCUGCAGCGUCAGCACCAACCUCGCCAGUCAUACCAUCCACUCCGCCGGUGUCUGCAUCUUCAGACCUCAGCGUGUUCCUAGACAUGGAUCUCAACAGCUCUUAUGGUCUGUGUUCUAAGUAGCCUCCAGUGAAUUAGUUACACUGAUAAAAUGGAGCCAAGUGAAUUCUUUGUACCUCUUGGCUUGAAGACAGGCACGGGGGAUGGGAAUUGCUCUCCUCCUGUGAUAUCUGAUGGGUGACUUGGUGCAUAUUUUGAGCCUCUCCUUUCUUCCGGUAUUCUUCUAAACCGUUGCAGCCUGUUUUAAAAUUAGUAGCCCUGAUUGUUUUUAAUGUUGGUUUUAUUGAGCUGAAAUGGAGGAGGGGCAACAAGCAGGCUGACUGUGGUUUGGUGGGGUGGGGGUUCAACCAAACACCCGGCAUCAUCUGAUUCAUUAAAAAUGUGUUGCUCUUAGGACUUCCCCCAUCCUUUUUUGAACUUUGAAAUUAGGGUAGGAGGUGACUUCCUGCAGUUUCUAUAAUGCUGAUUGGAAACUUCAGACAAUUUUGGGCCCAGAAUAUUCAAAGUCCUGUUCAUAAAUUAAGAAACAAAUGGGUUUAUCAAGCACUGGAUGCAUGUUCAUCCUGCAAGAAAUGAACCUGAAAGUUCUUUUUAGGUAGGUGUAUGCUGGAGUAAAUGGUCCAAAGAACCCAUGGUGUCCUUUAAGCAAAGUUUGGGUAGCAGAAAAUUAUGUCCUUAUUUGGCAGGCAUUGUAUGAGCAACCAGUACUCGGCCUUUCUCUUAUUUUCUUAGCCGACUGGGGCAACGGGACAUGCAAAUGAUCCCCUUUCCACCUUAUCUUUACAGGUAGCAACAACAGCAUAUUUGCGCCUGUCUUUUUGCCGCAAUCAAGUGAGUACUGCAGGAUUCCCUUAAACAAAUUUGUUAAUUUCUAUGGACUUUGACAGCUGGCAAUAGAGAAUAUUUGUAUGCUAGUUUCUUGUUUAAAAAACCAGCCAAUUUCACAAAUUUGCUGUACUUCUCUGUUAGAAAUGUUGAAGUCAUAGAGAUUGGCUUCUGAAUUCCUUGAAGGCCUUGAUGGUAAAGAGCAGCAAAAGUUAGACGUGACACGCUCUCUUACUUCUCUCUCCUCCCUCAUUCAGAGUCGUUCUUCAGCUCAUGUGGGAGUUUGCAUAAAUUAAGUGAAGAGGCUCUGGUUCCUCCUCCUCUGCCUCCUCGCAAGAAGUUUGAUCACGAUUCUUUGAACUCCAAGGUAUGUAUGUAGCCAGACACACAAACUCAGAAUGCAGUGUGCCAGCCGCUUCCAUGCUGCAGCUGCGGGAAUGUUCAGGGUGGCAGUAUUAAUAUUGUUUAUUAAUAUCCUUCCUAACUUGCAUUAGCAAGUUCCUUUACUUAGCAGAGUGCAUUCCCCUUUACACAGCAGAAAACUAGUUGCAAAGUCGUGUGAGUUUCUUAAGACAAUACGCAGUUCCAGCUGGCUUGUCCAGAUUGAAAUGUGUUCUAAUAUUUUCCUGGUAAGACCCCUUGAAUCCCUCCUAAAAGAAUAAAGAUACUACAGUCUUGUUCAUAAGCAAUAAAAAGAAAGUUUACUCACGAUCAGGCAGAGCAGAGUGUGAUCCCUGAAGGCAGGCUUAAGGCUUAAAGUUACAAGUGUAUAAAAACAGGUUUACCCCAUAUGUGGGUUGACCUAAUGACUGCAGUUAGCAGUCUGGGAAGUUCACAGGACGAAAGGAACAUGGAAAAGAGGGAGGGUGGCAGCAGGCCUUGGCCUUUUACCAGGUCUGGAAAGAUCACGUCCACCCACUAGUCACAUGCAAGGAAGGAUGCUCCAGGCCAGGAGGAACAGGAAGUUUUGACUAGCUGGACCAAACAUCCCCUGCAUGUCCACUCUAGCAAAACAAGGAAUGUUGUAUUUGACUGCUCCCAGUGGAUUACAUCCCACAGCAGCAGCCUUCUCAAAAGUAGCUGGACCUAUUUGUGCUACUGGAGAUUUUGAGAUGUCCUUCUCCAGGGGAAGAGCUCCUUUCAUUUUGCACAAUCAGGUUCGGUUAGGUGGUGUGUGCUUGCAUGCCCGAGGGGCUGCUGUUCAGAUUGGGGUGUGAGAAUACAAAAUUUGAUUUUAAAAAGCAGAUUUGUGGGGAAGAUAGAGAGGUAUGGAAAAAACUAGUGCAAGAUCCCUGCUCUAAAUAUCCUUCUGCUUUCAUGCUACUCUGGGAGCCUUGCUGCAUUCUGGGUAACUUCUCUUCUCUCGUGUUCCAGGGCGGUUCCAGAUCCGAUGAUGAUCCUCCCGCUAUCCCCCCCAGGCACCCACCUCCUCCAAAGAUACAGCCCCGAGUCCCAGCUUACACUGGUCUGCUGCUAAGCCCUCCGCCGCCACCUCCCAGAGACCCACCUCCUCUUCCUGACACCCCUCCUCCAGUGCCCCUUCGCCCUCCAGAGCACUUUGUGAACUGUUCCUUCAAUCUCCAGCCGCCCCCCGUGGGACGCUUUCACAGGGACCCCGACCGGCUGCGGGAAGCCAGCACGUGCCCAAACUCACCCAACACUCCUCCGAGCACCCCGUCGCCUCGCGUGCUGCGGCGUUGCUGUGCGCUCAGCCCAAAUCCCAACAGCCUCGCGGCCCCCCCUGUCCCGCCGCGCCACAACUCCAGCCCUCUGCUGCCCAAACUGCCACCAAAGACUUACAAGAGGGAGCUGUCCCACCCUCCUUUGCACAGACACUCUUUGCUCGAGAACGCGGAAACUCCUCAAUGACCUUCACAGCAGUAGUCAUGGACACUGGAAUCGUAGCUGUAAAGUACCCGUUUUCUUUUAAUUUAUUCCAGCGAGGCAGUGGAUUUGGAAAGUUAACGCUUGUACCCAGAGCGCUGCUGGUCGUUCUCAAGCAUUGGAGCAGCAAGAACAACCUCCUGCCGCCCUCAGCCUUCAUACCCACUUGCAACAGCGUUCUCCUCAGGGGAUCAGUAGCACUGCCUUCUCCUCCUCCUCCUCCUCAGUGCCGACCGUUUUGCCAGUACAAAGAAUAUAGACUUUUGCACUGUAAAUGACACACUACACUACUUCUAAACUGACAUCAGUUCAUUGCACUGAGCCAAAAAAAAAAUUAUGGUUGCUAGUGGGAUAUUUUAUUUCCAAACUGGAGCACGUGCAACCUUUUCUACAUAUGUAUUUUUUAAAAAGACCUAGGUUCUCCCGAGCAAGGCUCACUGGGUUGCAUUGAAUUCUUUUCAGCGGGUCUUGCUUGGGAGACUGCCUAGUGGGUUGUACCUCCAAAUGGUAGAAUCCCCACCAAAGCAUGAAGAUGUAUAUCAUGUUUCUGAUAUUUCUUUAAAAAACAACAGCUCUUCAGCUACCUGCCUUUCAGAAAAUAUCUAUAAAUAUAAAUUCUAAGAGGUUUGUGAAUGACCAUUACUACUGUUCUCAAGCAUUAGUGGAUAACAUGUCUUAUUUUCCAUGGAUUUUGCUGCUGAAGACUUAGAAGGGAUAGGCAACUGAAGAAGAGUAGAGCAUGCACUACAAAUGUUCUGCACAACAUGAGCAGAGCAGGGCGGCCUCAUCCAGUUUAGCAGAUAGUAUUUAGCAUGUGUCAGGUCGUGCCUUUAUUUGUUCAGGCAAGUGGAGAUGUCUUAAGCUAAAAAAAGUUGCCUGCUGUUUCGGCGAACAAAGCUAUUACGCCAUAUUAUGUACAGUUGUUUAUAGUGUAUAUUUACAGAUUGAUAACCUGUAUACAUUUCUGUGAUCUGAGGCCUAUUCUGCAGUCUGUUACUCCAGUACACUGUCGUAAGCAUUUUCCUGCAUACCAGGGAAAAAGUUUUUGCCUUCCAGACUCAAAGCAACUUCAGUUAGGUUUUCGCUUUCGUUUCAUUAUGAGGUCCCCCUUGGGAAAUGUGGUGUUUAAACCAGCAAAUACCGAAUUUCUUUAUCUGGACCUUUUUUGAAACUUAAAAAAACAAGGGAGACCUUCAUUUGCCCAGCAGAGUUCUGCGUUCUUGAGCGGCAGCUGGCAACCUGAGUCUGGUCCAAGUACUGUAGAAACCAGAAGCCUUUUCUUGACUGGUCUGUGGCCUUUUACUGUGCUUUGUAUCAGAGUUCUUAACCAGAUUAAUAAAUCAAUUUGGUCUUAAUUUUUAAGAGAGUCUGAGCAAGUUACGUUUUCCUUGCAAAGAUUGUCAGGCAGGUUACGGAUGACAAACAGAACCUUUCUUGCUUAUUCGGACCAGAGAUGGCUCA